CUGGUGAACAAAAUGGCGGCCACUGAUGCUCCAACUACGGUUUGUACUUCUUUCAAAUUCUUGUUUUGUGCAAAAUUUUGCGAGCAGCUUUUCGUGAUACUUUGUAUUUCUCGUGUUAAAAUAUGAUUUAUGGCAAUAUCUGCAACAGUCUGAAUUCUCUGUGACAUUGUGCAUACAUUAAACUAUUUACACGUGCCCUUAAAGAACCUAUCGUAUGUAGUCCCGAUUUUAGGAAAUAUUGUCCUAAAAGAGGAGAAUUCUUAGACUUUGCUGAUUCAGGAAGUCUUUAUGUACUAUUCAUAAACGUUUGUCAGAAAGCAAGCCUCUACAGCUAACAUUGUUACUCUGAAAGCGUAACAACCAGUGAGGAAGUUAUGCUCAUAGUUUUCUUCUUUUUAGAAAAGAGUUAUUUUAGUCCCUUUAAGACUUUAUAUCCAUUUUUUCAAUGGGAACAUUAAAGAAGAUUAUUAACGUUUUACCAUUCUCUAAACUGUGAAAGACUGUGCCUGUAAAGGUAUUCGAUUUUGUUAACGAACACGGAACGCAUGCAAUAUGACACAUUCAAAGCCUUAUGUGAGUCCAGUAGAGUAAAACCUCAAAUGGACUCCACUGGGUAUGGAUCACAAUUAAUGCUAGUGUACUGAGAAAUUUUAUCAGAGGGUAACAAAAGAGGGGGUCCUGUUCCCAUUUCAUGCACAAAGUUAAAAAAAAAUUGGUGUGUUAAGUCAAGUGUACUUUAAAAAUUAUUUCGCACACCAAUAAUUUAAAAUAGAAAACUUCAAAUCUCACCUUACCUUGCUUUUGUGUAAAACUCACAAAUUAUGUAAUAAUUUUGGGCUUAAUUAUGAGUCACAUUUACACCCUUUGCCACCUUCUCUUCAUUGUUGAUUCCCCUGAAAAAGUGAAGCUACCAAUGCUGAUGAUUCUAUCAUCUUUCACUAUUUGUAAAGAUCAUUCCAGGAUGUCAGGGUCUUGCAGGAUACUGGGUACCAGGAAGUGGAAUACUUGUUCAUAAGUCAGAUAUCCAGUCAAGUAAGAUUGUUACAUAACAUAAUGCUUGUAGCUACAGUACAUACCCACAGAUUUUCACAGCAUUGUUUGCCUGCAGGUCUCUGGGGUUACCUCAUGUAAUGUGUCAUCCUAAGAAUAUGAAAUUAAAAUUUGCAACAAGAAACCUGAUUGGAACUAAUUGUAAUUUCAGCAUUUAUUUAUUAUAUUUAAAUAAUCAAACGAGGCAGUAGUUUAAAAAUUGUUGAAACUGCUAUUUAGUAAACUUGAUUAGACCACUGCUAAGGAAGACUCAGCACAUAUAUUGGCAUUGUUAUGGCCCAACCUACCCAAAAUGCAUUUUCUCUAUUGAAAUGCACCAGUUUACAGCUAAAUUUGUAGCAAGUGUUUGAGGAUAAAACUCGGAGGGCAAAAGAUAUUUUAGAAGACAGUCUUUAGUUAAAGCUUGCUUAUGUCUUAACCUAGGGAGAAAACUGCACCUGACUUUAAUUUUUUUUAACAAAUUCCUCUAUUUUAAACAAGUAAUGCAAUGGAUCAAAGCAGGAACCCACAAAAGUUCUUGACAUGCACUAUUAUUUUUCAUCUCGAAUCAUGCCUAGCAGUAAACAAAAUCACAUGAUUUGACUUUGAAUCACAUGGCUAAUCUUACCUGAAAUCAUGUGACCCUAGCAAGUUAACAGAACUGUUAGUUAUCCCUGUUUACAAGCUGACUGCAGCUUCUCUUCCUUAACCAAAACCAGUUCUCACAAAUUGUCAGGAGAUGGUUAAUUGUGAUGGAGAGACAGUACUUUGUAGUAAAUUCUGGUGCCCUCUAAAGUAAGUAACCACAAGAAAACUGAUGCAAUUGCAUUGUCAACAAGGAUUAAUAUUCAAUAACUGUAGUGUAAGUACUUCAUUUUCUCUUUAAGGAGUAUCUCAGGACUCAGAGCACUGCCAAAUUCCUGUUCUACAUGAGGUCCAAUGGGGAGCAGAUUUUCAAAGUUUAAUAACCCGCAAAUUAAUUAAUGAAACACACGGUAUGAAAUACAUGUAUUAUUGAAAUAGACUUUGAGUAAUAGUUUUGUUUGUUUCAAAAUAGCCAAAAAAUAUAUUGUUUCAAAUUUAGUGUCAUUCAUAAAUACUGAUGACAAACAAAAGUUUAUUCUGUGAUGAGUUAGCAACACUUUUGAUACUUGUAAAGCUUGGUUAGGUGACAAUAUACAGUACAUAGUAAGAAACUAUAGUAAAAUAGUUUUCCAAUACUACAUUAUUUUACCAAAUAAGUUCUUGUAAGUGCACAAAAUAUGCCGUGGUAUUACACUGUAGAGCAGGGCAAAAAUAUGAAGCAACAAAAGGGUUUCUCUGAACAAUCCAAACUUUGGUUUUUAUUCUUUUUGUUUUUCAGUCUUGAUUGUCAAGAAAUAAUUUUACGCAUAACAGGCAAUUUUGUAGUUCACAACAGACAGUUCAGUGGUUUUGCGUGUGUUGUUUUCUUCUUUCACAUUCUUUUUACAAUGCACAGAUGAGACCAUGGAAUGUGAUUUGCAAACUAAAAUCAAAAAACUUUAACCCUUUAACUCUCAUUGAUAAUUCUCCUCACACUCUGCCAUAUAGUUCUUGUGAUGUUAGUUUGGAGAAUUUGGUAUUGGAUCAACCAAUAAUCCCUAAUUAAUAUUUUUCCCUAAUCUCAUCACUUGUCUGCUUGAUAUUGUAUUGAUAUUGAAAAGAGAAAUUCUGUCUUGGUCACUCAUGGGAUUAAAGGGUUAAAGUGAAAUAGUAGUGGAAUAAUUAAACCCUUCAUUAAUGUUUUAACAUAAAAUUCAAGCAGACAUUUUGCUCAUUGCUCAUAUUUUUCCUUGCCCCUUCAGGGCUCAGAAAAAUUCUACACAACUUGCAAAAUAUCUGUGUAUAAAUUAUAUGUUAAAUAAUUGAAUCUGGUAUAUUUUUUAAAUUGCAAUUAAUUUAGGUUUAAUUGAGGAAUUUAAGGAGUUAUAUGAUUAAACAUGUCCUGAAUUAUAGUAUAGAUGUUGAGUGAAAUGAUUGGGUUCAGAAUAACAAAAAUCUAAAUGAACUGCACUUGUUUUAGGUAAUUACUGUGUCUAGAAAAAGUUGAUAUACCGCAUAGACCCUAGAGCAAUCAAAGAUAUCAAAGGAAAGCCAAAGUGUGUGAGCAUGGAAUAAUUUUGUCAUAUUAAUUUUGUCAUAUUUAUUUGUAUCCUAGCCAUUUUUAUGGAUCUUCAGCAUGUUCCUGAUUCUGGAGGAACAGGGAGAAAGGCAAGGUACAACUGACUGAGUGAACUAAACUUUCUGAAUGCCGAAAGCCUAAAUCUGUUCAGUUAUAAAAUGGUGGCUAGAAAUAUAAUUAUAUUAAGGUAAAUUUGGUUUUAUCAACUGAGUUAAAGGACUAACACUUGAAAUGUCAGCUUUGAAACUUUCAGUGGACAAUUUUCAUUAUCAACUCAGUUGAUAAAACCAAAGUUAUCCUGUUAUACUCCCCUAUGGAUGCAGCACCACAGUUUCUUAGUGUUAGAUUCAAGUAUUAGUCUAACUUAAAUGUUAAUGCUUGCCACUAGAACAUCAACCACAGACCUCUAAAUUGGCAACUUUUACUGCAAAUCCACCUGUUCAAAAUUGUUUCCUUCUUUCCAUGGCUGCCAAAUUUAGAUGGUUGCAGUUUUUUUUUUGGAGUAGAUUUCCAGGGUUGUGCGCAAGCUUCCAGCAAAAUUUUGUCGCAUGAAAAGCAUGGAUUGCCAGCUGAAUUUUUUGCUAGCAAUUUUCUCUGUAAAGGACCGCCAGAAAGGGGGCAAAAGACAAUCUUUGAGCUUCCUUUUUAAAAAUUUCAGGAAGCAGCCAAAUUUCUUGGCUGCAAGACUGCAAUAACAAAUUAUACUGAUACUGGAAAUGUUCAAGUUGGAUCACAUUGCCUUUAUUGGUAUUCAAGCAGAAGCAUGAUGUAACAUUUCCUUGUAUAUUAAUCUUAGCUUAAAAUUUUAAUAGAAAGAAUUCACAAACUUGUCAAUUACUGAGACUUCGUGAACUUCCAAGAUGAAAAGCUCUUUUUCAUGUUUGAAAAUUUCAAGUAUUUGUAAUUAAUAUGUACUUUAACAAUUUUUUUUUAUUUUCACAGCUUGAUAAAGUUCAGUAGAAGAUACAGAAGUGUAGUAAGAGCAUGCAUCUUGGAUCUGGAAGAAAAGUCUGGUAUGUUCAUUGUUGUUUGCUGCUGAAAACUAAUGUUAGGAAAGAAAUAAACAAUGCCUACUCUUUGAUUAGUGUAUAUCACUCUUGGUACUCACUGGAUUUAGAUGUAGUGCACUUGAAAAGAAAUUCAGCCGGUCUUUUUUGUUGUGUUACCAGGUUCAGUUUGACAGUAACUGCUUUUUGACUAGCUUUUUGUUAACUAAGUGAACAUUUUUUAAUCUAUUUUUGUUCAGAGUCAUCAUUGUGUGGAUAGGAGGUUUGGGUUUUUCCCAAUGAAAACUCUCUAUUACUUAUGCUCACUCUAGUGUAUGUGAAAGUCAAUUAAACAAUCUUCACUUUAUUUUUAAGAUGCUAAUGAACCUCUGGGUGAUUUAAGAUUCAAAGUUCCUCCAUCUGCUUCACAAGUAUGUGCAUACCUGUAGUGUUACAAUGUACUUUUAAAUACGGUUAGUUUGGUUUCAUUUGCAUCAUGUAAAUAUUGUACAAGUAUAUCAAACUAUAGAGACAGCAUUUCAUUACAUUUCCUCAAGCAGAGAGAUAAGACUGAAGACUCUAUGCACUUUAAAUCAAAAUGAAAGCAAAGAAGCUGUGGGAGAAAUUGAAUCAUAAGAGUCUAUGCUGAUUCAGAUCAUGUUAUCAAACCGUAAACAAUAAUUAUGGUGUUUCCUUUGAAACAACUUGGUUUAUGACAACCUUUUAGCAUAAUUUCCCUAACCUUACUAUUCAUUUUGUUUGUGUUUUGUUAGUAAGUAGUUGGAUUGUCUUUUUUGCUUUCCAGAAGCAACUGUUAACACUUAUAGAGACUGUCUGGCAUCUGUGUGAGAUACUUUUUAUUGAAACGUUGCCAGGUAAGAGAAGACCUGUAGCUGUAAAACAGAAUGUAAGGAUUAAAUGGUGACUGAAGUAAAGGCCUGGAAGGGUCUCUCCCUUUCAAGUGCAUUAUGUUUGCUUGCAAAAGAAUUGUAGAACAAGCUACAAGAAAGAGACUUGACACGUUUUGCAUUAUGCAACAGUUUUGUGAAAACUGUUGCAUAAUGAAACAGCUUCAAGCUAGGUCAAGAUGUGUGUGGGGAGCAGCUGUCUGUGGAGUACAUGAAAAUUCAACUUUAUUUAAAACUAGUAUCUAAAACAGAUUGAAAGUGAAUUACCCAAGUUCAACACCUGAAGAUUUACAUUUCAUCAUGCUGAUACUGAAUUAUGAUUUGAGACUAGUGGUUUUUCAUUAACUCAUUGCUUAGAAAAACACUUCUUCCCAAUUUUUGCCACACUAUCUUUGACACUAUGACAUGAAUGCAAGACUAUGCACUCUUGUCUCAGAAUCAAAUGUUGUAGCCUAGGGAGAAAACAAACAAAUAAAAUAGCAUCCAAAGAUUUGCAUGAUUACAAAAGAACAAAAUUGCUUUUGGAUGAGUGGAGUUGUGUUGUUGUCAAAAUUGCUCCCUAUGAUGAGAGAAGUAUUGCAUCCUCCAGUCUGAAUUGCAGUCAAGAACAAACCUUUGAUGAGUGUGAAGAGUAAUGGAGAACAGUGCAAAGAGAAUUUUCCAAUUUCUGCAAAGAUUAUGUUGGAGCAACCCCAAGAAUGAAUAAAAAGGGUGUUAAAUCAGCCCACGAGUUACCCAACAAAUAGAUAUUAUGUUCCUUUAAUUAAACACUGGAACAUGCUUGUCCAAUGGUCAAAUGAAAGGGAAAAACAAUUUGCCCCAUCUUUCUUUGAACCAAGGCAUAGCUAAUGUCAUGAAACUAGAAGUUAAGAAUAAACAGUUCUGAGUCCUGAGUUUUGAUCUGUUGCAUUGAUUUCAUACUGUACAACUGUUGUUAAUAGCGUGACAAAUAUUUGGAAAUUCUCCUUCAGGAGGGGCUGUUUUGCAUUAUUUGUUGGAAUGGGUUCAAAAUGGACAUGCAGAGAGGUAUAUUAAAGAGGUACUACAGCAUCUGCAGCCUUAUAAUAGCCCUUCAUACUGGCCAGCUGUAAGUAAUGUGUUUUCUUUUUUAACCAGGGUAAUGCUCAUUCAUUUAAAUUCCAUUUGUUGCUGGGAUUUUACAAAUAAGGCCUUCUGCUUUCCCCUCAGAUCUACUGUUUGGUUCUCCAAGGUCGUGUUAAUGAUGUGUGUGAACUGCUUGCUCAGCAUCCUGACAGACAAGCAGGAAAAUAUGAUGUUAGUAUAUUUGUCCAUACAUUGAAGAAAUCUUACCUCUCUUGUUUCCAAGGACAUAGAGUCUGAGAAGGAAAUAUAAUCUUGGUCUUGGAUGAUUAGAAAGGCUUUUUGUUACCAACCAGAAAUAAAAAUAGAGGCUUUUUGACAGUUAGUCAUAGUGUUACUUGAUAUUUACCCUUAUGAAUGUUGUAUAAAUACAUUUAGAUAAAAAAAAAAAUGGUGAACUUUGGGCUUGGUGAUGGAAUAAAUUAGAAAAGAUAUUAUUUAUUUGUCAUAGGUGAUGAAUGAUAGAAAAAAAUCUGAAUUUCCCACAAGGAUAUGAACCUUACAGUUGUGUGUUUUUCUGGUUCAAUUCUUUACCACUGAGCCACAGAGAACUUGAUGAUAGCUGACGCUGUGUAUGAAGUUCAUAUUCCAAGUGCAUCAUACAAUUAAUCUCUCAUUUACUUACUCCAGUUUUGGACUUGCAUGAAAUGUGGUGCGUUGUUGUCAUUUCUUUGCAAUGACUCAUUCAGGCCAUUAAUCAAUUAGUAAAUCAAUCAGUCACUGCAUUUAAGGCCAUCAAUCAAUUAAUCUGACAGUAAGGAAAUUAGGAAAUGAACUAUAAUUUAAUUAAUAAUUAUUGAUUGGCUUUGUUGUUAUGAGUUGGGUGUGUACAGUUCUGCAAUUAUACAUUUUUUGCUUUUUUCCAGGCGUUUGCAAGCAUGGAUGAACUUCUUCAUAAAAUGCCCAUGUAUCAGGUAUGUAAAUGCAAAAUAUACACAAUUAAGUGAUAACUGAGUGUAAAUUUCUUGCCAUCAAUUUACUAGAAAUCAAAGAACACUCAGGAACUCUGUACAUCAGUCAUGUUUGGUUUGUGGCGCACAAACUUUCCUUGUGUUCUCCUAACAUUGCUUUUGAGUUAUUACAGUCACUGUGGUAAACUGAUAGGAAAUGCAGACUAUUACUCAACUAGACAUGGUUUGAUGCUACUCUGGUUUACAGAUUUAAUGAAUGUAACCAAAGAAGUUACAAUUCAUAGACCCAAUGUUUCGACACUCCUGUUUAGUGCCUUCAUCAGGGGUGAUCUAAACACUGCAACAAGAGGUCCUUAAAUCUGUAAACCAGAGUAGCAUCAAACCAUGUCUGAUUGUCCACCUAGUUGCCAUGUGAACUUUAAUAUAUUACUCAACCCUUUACACCCUAACAUCAGUAUGCAUAUUCUCCAUACUUUUCUCUAUACAUUCCUUAAGUUGCCGACAAGGAGAAUUUGUUGAACAAUCAAGACCUUCUUGAAUUGGUGAUCAUGGCCUUUAUUCUUGUGAACUUAAUGUAUCAUUCGAGGGUGAUAUUGUGAGGAAGAAUGAGUCACUCUAGGGUGUCAAAGGGGUUGAGUGCUAGGUGAUAUUGUGAGGAGGAAUGAGUCACUCUAGGGUGUCAAAGGGGUUGAGUACUAGGUGAUAUUGUGAUGAGGAAUGAGUCACUCUAGGGUGUCAAAGGGGUUGAGUACUAGGUGAUAUUGUGAGGAGGAAUGAGUCACUCUAGGGUGUCAAAGGGGUUGAGGAUAUUGUGAUGAGGAAUGAGUCACUCUAGGGUGUCAAAGGGGUUGAGUACUAGGUGAUAUUGUGAUGAGGAAUGAGUCACUCUAGGGUGUCAAAGGGGUUGAGUACUAGGUGAUAUUGUGAUGAGGAAUGAGUCACUCUAGGGUGUCAAAGGGGUUGAGUACUAGGUGAUAUUGUGAGGAGGAAUGAGUCACUCUAGGGUUUCAAAGGGGUUGAGUACUAGAUGAUAUUGUGAGGAGGAAUGAGUCACUCUAGGAUGUCAAAGGGGUUGAGUACUAGAUGAUAUUGUGAGGAGGAAUGAGUCACUCUAGGAUGUCAAAGGGGUUGAGUACUAGAUGAUAUUGUGAGGAGGAAUGAGUCACUCUAGGAUGUCAAAGGGGUUGAGUACUAGGUGAUAUUGUGAGGAGGAAUGAGUCACUCUAGGGUGUCAAAGGGGUUGAGUACUAGAUGAUAUUGUGAGGAGGAAUGAGUCACUCUAGGAUGUCAAAGGGGUUGAGUACUAGGUGAUAUUGUGAGGAGGAAUGAGUCACUCUAGGGUGUCAAAGGGUUUGAGUACUAGAUGAUAUUGUGAGGAGGAAUGAGUCACUCUAGGGUUUCAAAGGGGUUGAGUACUAGAUGAUAUCAUCACCUAUUAAGUGUUUUAAGGUAGAGGAUGUAUAUUUUAACAAAAUUCUAACAAUGGGCUCUGUUGUAUCUGAUCCCCUAUUGCUCUUUGUUCAUUGCAUGUCACAUCUGUUUCUGUUAUUCUUCCCUAGUUGUACAUGGGACAGAGCUUAGCAGAGUUCACCAUGAAAUGGAGUCACUGGCAGCAAGAGUGUAAACAUUGUCUAGAUAAUGGAACAUAUGCUGGAAAUGAACACUUGCAAAAAAUUUGUCAGGUAGGGGGUACUAAUAGGAGGAAGGUUCACUUCCCUGUGAUUGUAAUAAGGUAGACAAUGGCAACAAGCAAAGAUGACACAGGGGGUAGGAUAUACACUGGAAUGCUUUGACUCUUCUACCUCCCAAGGUCUCUUUAGUAAUACUCCUUACUAUUCUUAUGAUUUUAGUUUGGAGAAUUUUGUGAUGGAUCAACUAAUCAUCGGUUAAUUUAUUUGUUUCUUUCUUCUCUUUUCUUCUCUUUGUGAUUUUGUAUUGAUACUGUAAGGAGAAAUUCUCUCUUGGUCUCAUGGAAGCUAAAGGUUUAAAAUGCAAUGUUGGAAAACUUAUUAUGAUGGAGGCUUAUUUACAUUUAGGCAAUUUUGUGGUAUGAUUGUGCAGGUGAGUUCUGAAAAAAUUUUAUGGCUGUGCUGGUGUGGGUUUGUUUUAAGAAGAAGUGAUUGAUGCUUCAACAACCUGAGAGAAAUUCUUUAUCAGAGUUUUCAUUUACUGAGAUUAACUAAAAUAGUACCAGCCCAUGCAGCCCAAAAUCUGUUGCUUUAGUAUACAAGUGUUCUUCCAUAACUGUUUACCUCCAAACAACAAAAUAUUUACUAACUGUAGUGGCUCAGUUGAUUUCAGUGAAUGAUAGCUAUGCCACUGACACCAUGCACAAAAUGUUUGAUUUCUAUUUUGUCUUGUAUCUUUUCAGAUACUUUGUGGCAAAGAACAAAUAUUUGAUGAAAUGAUGUAAGUUACAAGUGCAGGAACAGAUUUAACUUUUCAGUUUUUUUUCAAGUUUGCCUUCAUCACUGUUGUAACAUGAAAUGUAAAGAUGUACAAAUUAAGAAGAUUCUACAUUCAGGGUGUGAAUAUGUGGAGAUUGUCUUGAUGUAACUUCAAAUUUUCACAAACAUGCAGCCAGCAGCGAAUGUGGGAUUUCAAGUAAGAAAAUUAGGUUUCAAAUCCUAGAAUAAAGGGUUUAGGAGUAAUAAAUUAUGGAACUGAUUUUUUAAAAUCCAAGAAAAUCUACAGCCUGCAAGAUUUUCAUUCCAUACAACAAUAUCGAAAGCCUACCCUUCUCCCAAACGCUUCCACGCACAAACCAUUGCAUCCGUAAUUUUACAAUCACGCUGAGUAUUUUUUCUUGCUUUUGUUUAGUUCUAGAGAAUACUGCAAAAACUGGUACGAACUUCUUGUAGCCAAACUGUUGUACUGUAAUCCAGCAGUCAAGUCUUAUGACUUACAGUACCACACACAGGUAAACUACAGUGCUUAGUUGUUCGAAGGUGCGGACAACGCUGUCCACCGGAUAAAUCGUUAUCCCCCCUGCGAAAAACUAAUAGAAAAAAACUGAUAUAAAACUGAUAGCUAAGCUACAGCAAGAACGUACAUGAUCUUUGUUUUCACCUUUGGCAAAUAAAAGGUUUUAUCUUGAUCCGUUUUAGGCCUGCAUCGACAUGUUUGGAGGAAGUGGAAGUUUGCGCAGUUUAGACAGAAUUCUGCUCUCAGCUUUUGAAUUUGAUGUCUACGCUGUGAUCAAGGAAAGCAGGUAUUUUUCACAGAUCCACUGUUUACUUUGGUUAUGAAAGAGUGUGCCUUUCUUAAUGGAAGUUAUUUAAUCCAGCACUGCUCUUUCUGGAUAAGAUUUCAGGGGUUUCAUAUACCUUUUUCCUCAAGAGUAAUGGGCGGCUGUAGCUGGAAAAAUGACUGUGAGGCGAAACCCAAACACGAGCCUGCUCGCAGGCUAAACAGACGGCAGUAGACCUGUGUUUUUGCUGGCUGACAGUUUUUUCGGCUCUGAAGAUGUAACAAGCUAAUUUUUAACGCCGAUUUUAAUGUCGAGUUUUACUCCAUGUUGUACGAGACAAAUUUUAACACGACUUUGUGGAGGUAACGAUCGUUACGAUAUAGACGAUAAGUUAAAAAAAAAUCCAAUUAACGUUGUUAUUGGUUGUCGAAUCUUUCAGCGAGGCUCUUGGAAACUGGUGGUUUGUUGCCCAUCUGACUGACUUACUUCAUCAUUGUGGACAGUUGGAUUCGCCUCCCAUCAGGUUUGAAGAGACAUUUGUAAUUUCCUCACGAAAGGUAGUGUAUAACCACAGACGGCCCAAGCUCCAGCUGUGAGAUAAUAAUCUAGCGAAAGAAGAGUCAUGGCGAAAUUAUAAGAGUUUGGAUAGGAAUAUACGAGCGCUCCCAGGAGUAGCAAAUACAGUCAAAUUCUCUAUAAAAAUACCUCAUUUUACUUCCACAGUGUAUCGCUUGUUGUCUGACCGCUUACUAUGUUGAACUUGGCACUCGUGGUUUUAAACAAUUUACUGAUGUGUUCCCGGUGAGAAAAGUGUACGCGGGCCGUGAGAAACGUCUAAACUGGAAAUUUUUGAAGCAAACUGUGGCUCGGCGUCGGUUCCUCGGGGAAGAUCGAGUUUGUAAUGAAACUACAGUAUAUGUGCUAGGAUUCUGCGUUAGAUUUUUGGUCGUCCGGUCAUUUUGGACUUGGAUUUUUUCCUUUCGGAUCGGGCGUUCGGAAAUGGAGUGUGCAGCCCUGGGCUUCUCUUAUGUAGUAAACCUAGAGAUGGAUUACUCGCUAAAAUAGGUUCUUUUCAACAUAGUAAGCGGUCAGACAACAAGCGAUGCACUGUAGAAGUACGGUGAGGUAUUUUUAUUGAGAAUUUGACUGUAUUUUUUUAUUCUCAAGAGCGGUCGUAAAUAUUCCUAUACAAACCCUUAUAAUUUCGCCAGAUGAUUAUCUCACAGCCGGAGCUUGGGCUGCCUGUGGUAUAACAAGUCACAUUAAGCCUGUGGGUAAUUGUAAAGUGCCGAAAGCUUCCAGAAACAGAGAGAAGGAUUUAACAGGGGUUUGAACUCAACUGAGUUACCAAACUAAAGGUUUGAAUGACGGGCAAAUUUAAGUGAGUUCACUUCACCGAAAUGUAGCUUUCAAGUUUAAUCUAAUCCUUGUAUUGUACAUUUGAAAAGUUUGGGGAUAAGAAGAUCUGCGCACAAGUUGCAGAUAAUACGCGCGAUUUUGAUUUUUACUUCAUCGUAUGACGUAUAGUCAGACAGAGGUGGAACUCCCUGAUUACAUGGAGUGUUCAACAUAAUUCAAAAUGGUGUCCGUAGACUAAAAUUAUCGAGGUUGCUUUUCCUUCCUUUUGCUCCAUCCUCGAUCAAAAAACAACAUUUUAAACCUCACAGACGAAGAGGAAAUGCGUGAAAGAAUACUCACCUAGAAAGAAAGGGGGCCUCAAAGUCCUAAAGUCGACGUUGACAACAGUCCCAUCGAUAUGGAACUAUAUUGUCGCGGCGCGUAAGCGAUUUUAAUUCUUGUCUUCAAGUUGAUUUUCGCUUAUCUGUUGGGCUGUCGUUUGGCCAUAUUUAGCAGCUGAUUACCAUGUUUCAAGGUUUUACAGAUUUCGUUGGAUUUGAGCUUUCUUUUAGUCACAUAUUUACUUUGUGAGCCAUUUUGCUCCUAGUUUCGUUUGUAAUGAUAUACAUGAAAAAGUUACGCGCUUCUGAUUGGCUGAAAUCAAGUGCAUUUUCAUGUAACACGGGUACAAAGUUACGUCACGAGUGCAAAGUUGUAACACGAGUGCAAAUUACAGUGCAGCCAAAAUUUCGUCCGUCUUGACUUUCUGUGAUGCGUUUUUCAUAUCUUUUAUUAACAAAUAACAACAUAAUUUUUCGUGGUUUUUGUUUUUUGAUUUACUCGUGCUUAUUACCACCAAAGUGCUCUCGAAUUCAUGUUGUUACCUGUGCCAAUUAGUCAGAAUUUAACGCGCGUUGAAACUGUAUCAUUUUCUUGGGCGCAGAUUGAAUUUUCAGCUCUAUUCGGCAAUCACUCUCCGACAUUUUUUUUUGCGCUUUAGCUCUCAAUUUAUCUGAAUUCAAUCAGUAAACGUUGUCUUGAAACUUCUUUUUGUGUCUGUUGUUAUUAAGCAUAAUUAUAGCUUAAUCAACUGGUCAUUUGAGGGUACUUCACGCAAAAUUCAAGGGAGAUGGCAAAUGGUCAAAAUUCUCACCAAUUAACUGAAUAACUGAGACAUACAUGAGGUCGCUCUAAGGAGCCCUUGAUUAAUUUUACUCGGCCCCAUGCGAUUACCUGUACUAAUUUCUUCAAAUAUUUCUGGAAAUUUUUCAGCCACAGUAUCAGUCUGAGAGAGUUCCUACUCCUAGAGUAUUCCGCCAGCCUCAUGUCGCAUCACAGGUGAGACACGAAUUAAAUUUGACCUCUAAGAGGAAAAAAAGAACUCUCCUGGUUUUGCUGGAGAAAUUUUUAUGUUUUCAAGUACUGUGCAAAAUGAGUUGUUCACCAGUCAUAGGGGUUUCAAUAACUUAUUCCAUAAGUGGCUAUCAGUGGUGUAUUAGGAGGCUGUCUCCGAAAAAAGGAGCUGUUAGGCGAAGCCCAAACACGAGGACCUGUUCGUAGGCUAAGCAGAUGGUGUUAGGAGAUCUUAUAGACGGCGAUAGACCGCCGGUUACCGGGUUUGAAACCCUUCACUAUCCAAUUUUCUAAUCGGCACGUUCAAAAUACAUUUUGUUUGACAUUUAACAUAAGUAUGCAUUUUCUCCGCACUUUUCUCUUCGCAUUUCCUGCAGUAUUAACAAGGAGAAAUUCUUUAAACGAUCAAGGGCCCCUCCAGGUAGUGAUCAUAUUCUUUGUUCUCUUGGGUUUAAUUUGAUUCAGAGGUUAUAUUGUAAAGAAAAAUUAGAUGCUAGUCACUCUGUUAAAGAUUGAGCCAUGGGUUGUUUUCCAUAAGCAGCAUGGUAGCCCCCAACGUGCAAUUUUUAACGAACUAAGUACAAGAAUAUAGAUGCUUUGUGUGAAGUCAAAACUCUAAAUUAUUGUCUUUUUUGAAGCCUUUGGAGAGUUGCAGUGGACUACCUUCUGCAGUGUCCGGUUUACGGAAGGUGAGCUUCUUAAUCAGAUUUAUUUUCGUUUGGUUUUCGUAAAGUGCUCCAGAUAAUUUUCGUUGCUUUGUAAUUCAUUUAAAACACACUUAUUCAAUUUGGAAAGAAAUAGAUUUCAUUUGACCUGCGGAUUAAAAUCAAAUUAACCCUGUCACUCCCAAGAUCUCAUUAGUAAUUCUCCUUACCGUCUGCCAUACAGUCCAUGUGAUGUUAGUUCAGAGAAUUUGGUAGUAGAUCAACUAAUAAUCCCUCGACAGAUAUUUUUCUUUGUUCUCAUUACUUCCAUGCUUGAUAUUGUAUAUAUAUUGCAAGGAGAAAUUCUGUCUUGGUCACUCAUGGGAGUUAAAGGGUUAAGCAGUGAUCCUCGCAAGAGAGCUGCAGUUUAGCAAUUGUAGAAAAGGAGUCUGGGGAAAUUCCGGCUUCGACGCGAUUCGAGCCCAGGCCUCCCAGAUACUAGUUGGGUGUAAAGACAAACUGAGCUGAGCUUAACUAUAAGCUGGAUUUUGUUAUGCUAAGACAAAAGUAUCCAUUCUUAGGCUAGAUCGAAAGCACUUUACUAACCCCUAUUAUUAUCAUUAUCUUUAUUACUAUUUCGAUUAUUACUGUUGUAGGGCACACCUUGAGGAGUACAUUGAGCAUCUACCUCUUGAGACAGACAAGAAAGCCAUGAAAGUGCUCAGGCUGUGCGAAGACUUGGAAAUGCUUGCGCAAGGUAUGACACGUUAGCCAGGCUAUGAAAAAAGUUUUGUCGUAAUGACGGGGAAAUUCAUCGUGAGAUUUGUUUUAUUAUUUUUGUGUUUAAUUUUGUCACGGAGGGUUCUUAUGAGAAACUUUAUACUCCUAACCCGGGAGUGGAGACUGUCAGAGAGAGGUCUUAUGAGAAACUUUACGCUAUUUAUGAGAAAGUCUUAUGGGAACUUCACGCUAUUUAACUUAACUACAUGUCAAAAUAGCGCUACAACAUUGCAGAAGAUGAGAGCAAAUUAAAUGACGUCGGUAGUGGCAAAACUAUUGCGAAACAUUCUCAAAACUACGCAUCAACCAAUAUAGAACGGUUCUCAAAAUGGACAGUCCGUAAAGAAAACGGCAAUUUACUUAAUGGACGUAAUGCUCAAUAACAACGCUACCAUAUAGAUGAGGGAGAGGUUACACAAAUAAACUACAACUCAACUCGCGCAGUUAGCAAAUAAAACACUGCUAAGCAGGCUAGGCCACGUCUACUCAUCUUCUCUGCACACGGGUAAGAGCUUUAUUAAUUUUAUUAAUUUUAAUCAAUCAUUAAUUAAUUUUUAAUCAACCUUGGGCCUAAAUCACUAGAAUUAGGGAAAAAUUAACUCUGGCGGUGAGCACGAUAUAAUAUUACAGAACACCAAAUUAGACGUUUGGUUAUCAGAGCACAGAUUAGAACUACUGUUAAACACAGAGUGAAAAACAAAUUGAAAAACAACCUUGAAAUAAUGACAGGGCGUUGAUCGGCCAAACUGAAAUUAGCCGUUAAGUUAAGAUGGCGGAAAUAGGAACUCUUGCUAAACACUCUGGAAAGGGAAAAAAACAAAACAACGUUGAAAAUAAGAUCUGGACGUUGGUCAGAGUAAUUAAAAACGAAGUGAAUAACGUAGUCACCACAUUAGAACAUUGAAAAACACUCGCAAAUUAGACAUUUCGCCACGAGAAGAGUAAUUAGAACUGUGGUUCAACCCAAUGUAAAUUAAAAAACCACCUUUAACUAAGGACUGGGCGUAGAUCAGAGUGAUAGAAAAUAAAGUUAUUUACGUAGUUAACGUAACAGAAAAUUGCAAAAAAACUCGCAAGUUAGUAGUUGCUGUACGAGAACAGUAUGUAGAACUAUGAUUCAACACAAAGUAAAUUGGAAAACAACCUUCAAAUUAGGACUGGGCCGAGGUCACCCCAAGAAACGAGAAAUUGAAUGACAAAGUGAGCACCAUAGACCACACUGUUAAAAAUUCUCAAAUGAAGCGUUCGUUUAACAGUUUAAUGCCUACGAGUGACAAGGUUCUAAUUUCUCCUCACAAUCUAACCCCUGAAUCAAAUGUUUAAGUUAAGAGAAUUAAAAGAAAUGAUCAAAAACCAACCAGGCUCUUGAUGGGUUUUCAAAUUCUCCUUGUUAGAACCUAGAAAAUGUAUAAAGAACAGUAUGGAGAAUGUGUCUAAUGAUGUUAGAGUGGAAAUGAGAACUCUUGAUAAAGACGUUGGAAAUGGAAAAAAAACUUUCAAAAAAAUAAAAGUGGGCGUAGGUCAGAUUAAUUCGUUGUAAUUAAGUACAAAUUAGAGACAGAUGUAGGUAGCACAACAAAACAUUGCGAAACAUCACAAAUUAGUUGCUAGGUGCUAGAACAGUUAUUGGAAUUAGGACUCUCGAUAAUCGCCGUGGAAAUGAAAAACACGACUUUGAAACAGACUGAGCGUAGGACAAAGUAAUUAAGUACAAAUUAAAUGACGCAGUUAGCACAACAAAACAUUGUAAAACAUAUCGAAUUAAUUAUUUCUGUGCUUGAGCAGUUAUUGGAACUGCAACAAAAUUUCAGGUUGAAAAACAAUCGUAAAUUAAACAUUGGCCGCCGGUCAGAGUAAUGUGAAAACGAGUUAAAUGACGCAGUUGGCACCACAAAACAUUGCAAAACAUUCUCAAAUUUGUCGUUUCCGUACGAUAACAGUUCCUGGAACGUACGUUCGGUACUUUUUCAAAUUGAAAAACAACCUUGAAAUAAAGAAUGGGUGGAGGCGACGGCAAUUAGUCGCAAUUUAAAUGACGUUAUUACCACAACAGACAUCUCAAAUCAGUCGUAUCGUUACGAGGGCAGUAAUUAGAACUCUUGAUAAACAGGGUUCAAAUAAAGAAAAAAUUUGAAUUAAUGAUUGGGCGUUGGUCGCGGUAAUUAAUUGCGAGGUAACAACAUUGCAAAACAUUCUCAAAUUAGUCGUUUCGGUACGAGAACAGUUCCUGGAACUUACGUUCGGUACUUUUCCAAAUUGAAAAACAACCUUGAAAUAAAGAAUGGGUGGAGGUGACAGCAAUUAGUCGCAAUUUAAAGACGUUAUUACCACAACAGACAUCUCAAAUCAGUCGUAUCGUUACGAGGGCAGUAAUUAGAACUCUUGAUAAACAGGGUUCAAAUAAAGAAAAAAUUUGAAUUAAUGAUUGGGCGUUGGUCGCGGUAAUAAAUUGCGAGGUAACAACAUUGCAAAACAUUCCCAAAUUAGUCGUUUCGGUACGAGAACAGUUCCUGGAACUUACGUUCGGUACUUUUUCAAAUUGAAAAACAACCUUGAAAUAAAGAAUGGGUGGAGGCGACAGCAAUUAGCCGCAAUUUAAAUGACGCUGUUACCACAACAGACAUCUCAAAUCGGUCGUAUCGUUACGAGGGCAGUAAUUAGAACUCUUGAUAAACAGGGUUCAAAUAAAGAAAAAAUUUGAAUUAAUGAUUGGGCGUUGGUCGCGGUAAUUAAUUGCGCGGUAACAACAUUGCAAAACAUUCUCAAAUUAAAUGUUUGGUUGCGAAAGCUGUAUUAAGAAGUCGUGAUAAACACAGUUUGAAUAAAAAAAGUAAAGAAAUAAAGUAAAGAUUUGACUUCCUCGCAGUGUUUUAUUACAAGUUCUCUUACGCAGCCAGCAGAAUGGAACAUGGCAGAACAUUUUAAAUUUUAUUCUUUUGGCUACAAAAAUUGUAAUUAGAAAUCUUGAUAAACACGGUUUGAAUAAUAAAAAAAAAUGAGAGGAAGAUUGGUCUUAGGUCGCAGUAAUUUAUUACAAAUUGACUUAACAGCCAGCAGAAUAGAACAUCACAAAACGAACUCAAAAUAAUUGUUUGGUUAUGAAAGCUGUAAUUAAAAAUCUGAAUCAACACAAUAAAAGAUUAGAAAAAACCUUGAAAUAAAGAUUUGACGGAGGUUACAGUAAUGAAGAAUAAAUAAAAUUACGCAGUUAGCUCAACGGCACUGAAAAAACUCAAAUCAAACGUUUGACUGCAAGAGUGGUAUGAACAAGUUGGAAACUUGGAAAACAACACGGCAAUAAUUAUGCGCGGAAGGUCUCUGUAAUCAGAAGUAUAUCGAAGGGAUAUUAACUGAAAAUGAAAUAACGCAUUUGACACAGCAAACUCACAAAACGCUCUCAAAAUGAGUGAUCGGCGAAUACUGAAAUAGCUUUAUAAAGGUUGAUGAAGAAAUAGAAAUUGAGUGGAGAUCGCAUAAUGAAAAAAUUUUAAAAAUACUUAAAGCAGAGGUUACAGUAAUUAGCUACAAAGAAUUGGUUGCAGGCAGUGUAUUACAUUUACAAAAUGGAAAUUUGGUGAAGAUUAGAAAUCAUUGUAUUUAUCGUUCUUUUUUUUUUUUGAUACUUGAAACAUUUGUCAGAGAGGAGAACUUCGAAUACGCACGCUUUGCAGCUUGCGCACGGGACGAUCGCGCGAGACAGCUUAUACGCGCGUGAGCGUCAGGUUCCGCACAAAUAAGCAUCAGGCUGUGCGGCACGUGAGGUAGGAUGUAAUAAUUCUGAAAUUUAUAUCCCAUAUAAGGGAAUGAUAGAAAGAUCAGAAACAUGGAUAAAAUCUACAGUCAGUGAUGCCUAGAGUAAUUGGUAACAAAGGGACGUUCAAUGCAUUCCCAAAAUGUGCAGUUUUUGAGGAUAAAAGGAAGUAGAAGGGAAUUGUAACAGCGGGCGAAGAUAACACUGAGUACGUACGUACUUAGUCCCACAAGGUGAAUAAGGUAACACGAAGGAAAUUUUGAAAGCACUUGUUUCAUUUUCAAAGUAAUUUACAUGCUUUGGCGCGAAUUAAGUUACCGAAUUGUUACUUUCUAGUCACCUUUAACUCCGAAAGCUUGAUUUUAUGUUUAUAAGUGCCUCCUGUAGUCAGUGCAGUCUUAUGAUUUUAAUAGCCGUAAUUUUGACAUGAAGGCUGUUUUAUUUUUGUUUGUUUGUUUGUUUUUUUAUUUUUUCAAUACUCUAUUGUGUUUAUCGCCUCGUCUUAUAUGUGCUUAAUCACUGCAAUAUUCCUCUAGAGUUUGUGUUUAAGUUGUUUCCCAUUUUUUCAGCCUUCUUAAUUACCCAUUGUAGUGGGUUGUGCCUUUCAUAAGACAUCUAAUUUGUUCGAAAUUACUGAAAUUUCCAGGUUGUAUAUGAUUUUUAAUCAAACUGCGCGCAUUUUGGUUUGUUGUUGUGUAAUGGAAAAGAAAUUUGUUAAAAUUCAGCAACGAAACACCCAGAACUCAAUACAAUUGAUUGUAGAAGAUUAUCAUUUCAUUCGUACUUAUUAAAUACGAGAUAGCAUACAUGUACUUAUUAGGUACCUAUUUUAAUUUUAGAACCAGUGAAAUUUUGGCCCCUGCCUGAAAAAAAAACAAAAAAAAAACGAUCUUCUAGCAGUCAAUGUGAAAGGAAUGAACGGGGUUAAUAUGUGAAUGAGACUGUGGCUAAGGCAUCCGGUGUAACGUAGUUCUUGAGGUGUUUGCGACUUUAAGAUUAAGAAGACUGUUACUCUUAAUGGCUGUGAUUAUACCUUCUCUUAUGACCUAAACAUGGUUAAAGCUGUUUUGUUGAACUUCUUAGGAACUUUUUAAAGUUCCAAUUUGGCACUUUGAAAGUACAAGUUUACGAUUACUUGACUUAUGGAAAAUUCAGUUUUUCACUAUUCUGUGGCUGAUUUUCAUUUAGGUAAACCUGGUUAAACUAAACUUGCUUUGCUGGUGUGAAUGGGAUAUUAGACUACUUCCUCGAGUGCAUUAGUUUUGUAGUCGAGUGUCAGAGGCUAUACGAGGUCUAAGUACAAAUAAUUAGUUUUAUUGACGAAUUUUCUAGGUUGUAGAGAAGUGUUGACUGCAGUACAGCCAUAUUUUUAGUGAGCGAGCGCUCAGUCCACUCUUAAGUAUUAAGGAAAAAGUACAAUAAUGAACCUGAGCUUAAAUGUAACGCAUAGACUUGUCCAUUGAUGAUAAUCUCAGUUGCGUAAUUACUUCGCCUGGCUUAACAAGCCAUUCCUCAUCAGUUCGCCAAACUGUUCAUUUAUUUUAUGCCUCAAACAACAGAACACUCUUAAUCAAUAAGGAAAAAGUACAAUAAUGAAUAUGAGCUUAAUUUAACGCAUAAACUUGUCCAUUGAUGAUAAUCUCAGUUAUGUAAUCACUUCGCCUGGCUUAACAAGCCAUUCCUCGUCAGCUCGCUUAACUGUUCAUUUGUUUUGUGGCUCGAAGCGCUGAAACAACAGUUCGUAAAAAUCCAGAGGUUUGAAAAUAUCCAGGUAUAGGGAGUGCUGUUUUUCAGUCGUCAGUGUAGACAUAGCCUCUUGCACAUCGCUAGGAAGAUACUUAAAUAUCUCUUCCGAUGUUGUCAUCUCGGGAUCUGAUUGUCCGUAUUUCCGCGUUCUCUUUGGGCGUUUCUUCUCCAUUAACUUAGAAAAUGUAUGUUCUGCGGUUGAACUCAUUUUCCACAACUUUAGUGUUGGCUCGAAAUGUCUCGUAAUCAAUUCUCAUGAAAUUGGCAAAGGAUAUGGAGUACUGGGUAUUUAUAUUCCUAUUGCUACCACCAACGCACCAAUCAAAAGCUUUCUUUUGCUGAUAGGAUUGAGAGCGAAUACUGAAAAUAUCCAAGUAUUAGGCUUGGCGUAGAGUUGUAGGGUGAUCAAAUCACGCUUGAAAGCAGUUCUCAAAUAAUCCGUUGUUUUUUCAACACUUAGAAAGUUAAUUAGUAUCCCCAAAUAAGGUAUGGACCAGAAAACUAACGAGACUUGACAAACAACGCUUGGCAUGUAAACAGCCGUCCUUAUAUGCAGAUGAAAUUAGCCCAGGAGGGCAAGAAAAGUAGGCGUAGGACUCGGAAUAUCUUAUUCCCCGCUUCCGAUUGUGGGAACUCCUUUUCAGCACAUUUACUAAUUGGAAAACAACCUUGAAGUAAAGAGUGGGCGGAGGCGUAGAGUUCCUUAGUGACAUUGAUUUUUAUUUUCAAAUAAGGUAUUAUUCCAAAAUGAUUCUAAAGGUGAAAAACAAAGCGUAAACAUCAAAGGAAAAGUAAACGUUGAAAACAGUUCGCAAAUAAUCCGUUGAUUUUUCAAUAAUUAGGAAGCUAAUUAGUAUCUCCAAAUAAGGUAUGGUCCAGGAACUAGCGGGACUUGACACACAACACUGACAUGUAAACAGCCGUCCUUUCUUGCAGAUGAUCCUGGGAGGGGCCAAAAAAAAUGAGAAACAACACAGAGACAUCUUCAAAAUUCACAUUUGUUACAAAGCAAUGCUCGAUUUCAAUUUUAAAUUGAAAUAGAGAAAUAGAGCUUGAAAAGCCUGAAAUUGUGAAAUUUAUGUCUAAUAAACUUCCAUGUCCAUGCGAAUUUAGUGGGGAUUUGGUAAGGUUCAGGGUUAGGACAGAUUGGGGAUUGGCGAUUUUUUGUGCUGCGGAAAUACGUUUAAAAUUGCGGUUCGUUGUGGCUAAGAACUUUCCAUGCUGCUUAACAGUGAAAAUGAAAUGAAGGUUGUUUAUAUGUUUUUCGUCUUGGUCGAUUAGGGAGUCAAUGAGCUCUGAUAAGAGCUCCCGAUCAGAAAAGUUUGUCGGUCGAUCGCCGAAUCCAUAACCUCUGAUAAGAGCUCCCGAUCGUAAUAAGUUUGUUGGUCGAUUGGGGAGGCAUUGAGCUCUAAAAAGAGCUUCGGAUCACAAAGGUUUGUUGGUCGCUCAGAGAGUCAUAUAGCUCUGAUAAGGGCUCUCGAUCGCAGGAAGUUUUCUUGGUGAUCGGGCAGUCAAUGAGCUCUAAUAAGAGCUUCCUGUCGCAAAAGGUUUGUUGGUCGAUAGGGGAAAGAAUGAGCUCCGAUAAGAGCUACCGAUCACAAACGUUUGUUGGUUGAACUCUAAUAAGAGAUCCCAAUUUAGUUGGUAACACAUCAAGCCAAGAAAAUUUGGCUAUGACGUCAUAACGCACGUCCGUCUGUAAGCCCGUCUGUGCCUUCAAAAGCGAUUAAAAAAUGGCAAAAUCAAUCAAAGCAAACUUUACAUGGCAAAAAGGAAACAAAGUACAACUGCUACUACUUUAGGCGAUGUGUUUACUUAAACUCAGACCUUCCCAAAUUGAUAUUGACAAUUCUUUUUGUAUUUCAAUAAUGGUUUACAGAAAAAAUUUACUUCGUUCAACUAACUUCUACGCGGAGUAAAUUCACAUUAAAAUCAAUGCUUGAUUUAAUUGAAGCUUCAAAACAUGUUUCUGACAAUUCUAUUUUUCCUUGAAAUGUAGUUUAAGCGAAGAUUUUCAGUUGAUUCAAUUUAACUUUCCAGUUAAAACUAAGCGAAGCAAAUAUGAAGGAAAUCCUUCCCAAUGUGGAAAAAGGCUAUGUUCAAUUAAAUACUUUUGAUAUCUCUCUAAAAAGAGCACAGGACAAAGAAAAAAUCCCGGCGUAGUGAUAAAGAAAGGUAUCAUCGGUUAAGGUCUAUGUUUUAAAAAGUUCGAGAAAUUUUUAUUUAAAAUCUAUAAGCGUUAUGAUACUCGAAUAUUACAGUUACACAAAGGCAGGGGUUUAGAGAAGUUUGAAAGGAUUACUACCGCUUUGAAAAACCGUACUUCUAUAUUCUUGCAAAUCAAAAAGUUCCUGCACUCUAAUGAGUGUCAUGGAAAAAGUGCAGCAUUGAAUAUUUGAGGUAAGAUGUAGUUCAUAGACUUAUCCACCGAGGACAUUCUUAGUUACUUAAUCACUUCGCCUGGCCAUUCUUCGUCAGUUCUCCAAACUGUUCAUUUAUUUUGUGGCUCGAAGCUCUUAAACAACAGUUCGUAGAAAUCCAGAGGUUUGAAAAUAUCCAGGUAUAGGGAGUGCUGUUUUUCAGUCGUCAGUGUAGACAUAGCCUCUUGCACAUCGUUAGGAAGGUACUUAAAUAUCUCUUCUGGUAUUGUCAUCUCGGGAUCUGAUUGUCCGUAUUUCCGCGUUCUCUUUGGGCGUUUCUUUUCCAUAAACGUAGAAAAUGUAUGUUUUACGGUUGCACUCAUUUUCCACAGCUUCGGUAAAAUAUUGAAGUGUUGACUCGAAACGUCUCGUAAUCAAUUCUCAUGAAAUAGGCAAAGGAUAUGGAGUACUUGGUAUUUAUAUUCCUAUUGCUAGCAACAACGCACCAAUUAAAAGCUUCCUUUUGCUAAUAGGAUUAGGAACCAAUAGUAAAAAUAUCCAAGUACGUGGGCGCGGCGUAGAGUUGUUGAGCGUUAGCUCUUCGUCAAAGCAACAGACGAAGGGCUAACGCUCGAAAUGUCAGCUUUUAAACUCUUUCUACGGUGGCUACUUUCCGAAGCUUAUUUUGAUCUGAAAGUUCUUCUUUUAAAUCUUUUUUAGAGAGAUUUCAACGGCAUUGAACUGAGCACAGCUUUUUCUUAGUUGGAAAGGUGUUUUUCCAAGUUUGCUUUGCUUAGAUAGGAAAUAAAGACUGGGUGGAGGCGAAAUUAAUCAGCCGCAAGUUAAAUAACGCAGGUAUCACAAUGAAUUAAGUGUUUAAGUCUCGAGAACAUAAAAAAUAACCAGCAACUAAAGAAGCUCUCGAUGGUUUUACAAAUUCUCUUUAUAAGGACCUAGGAAAUGUAUGGAGAACAGUAAGGAGAAUAUAGAUAUUGAUGUUAGGGUUUAAGAAGGAGGAAAUAAGAACUCUUGAUAACAAAAUUGGAGAUGAAAGCGGGCUAGGUCAGAGCAAUUAAGUACAAAUUAGCACAACAGAGUAUUGCAAAACACCAGAAAUCAAUCGGUUCAGUACGAAAACAGUUAUAGAAACUCCUUGUCGGCACAUUUUCAAAUGGGAAAACAACCUUGAAGUAAAGAGUUGUCGGAGGCGAAGGUUUCCUGGGUAACGUUGAUUUUCAUUUCCAAGUAAGGUGUUGUUCUCAAGUAAAAUUAAGGAUGAAAAACAAAGCGUAAACAUCAAAGGAAAAGCAAGACUUUAAAAACAAUAUUUUUCACAGAACAAGGAGCAAAUCACUUUGAGAACAGUCCUCAAAUAAUCCGUUGAUUUUUCAGUAAUUAGGAAGUUAAUUAAUAUCUCCAAAUAAGGUAUGAUUCAGGGUUAGGAAACUAACGAAACUAGACAAACAACACUGAUAUGUAAACAGCCGUCCUUAUAUGCAGAUGAAUUUAGCCCAGUAGGGGCAAGAAAAGUUGAAAACAACAGAAAGACAGCUUCAAAAUUCACAUCAGUUGGAAAACAACGCUCGAUUACAAUUUUUGAAUUGAACUAUUAAAUAGAAAAAGUGAAAAACCCGAAAGUGGAAUUUAUGUCUAAUGUACUUCUAUAUCCAUAAAAAUUUAGUGUGGAUUUGUUAAAGUUUAGUGUAGGGACUGAUUGGCGAUUAUCAAUCUUUUGAACAUGCGGAAAUCAAGUUAAAGUUGCGGUUCGUUGCGGCGAUUCAUAAAGGGCCUGUUGGACAGGGCCUACUUGUGGAUGGCUGGCUUUCAAAACUUUCCAGGUUGCGACCUUUUCUUUGAAUCUGAAAGUUCUUUAAAUCUUUUUUAGAAAGAUAUCAACAUCACUCAACUGAGCAUAGCUUUUUUCGAAAUUUGGGUGGAGGCGAAAGUAAUCAGCCGCAAGUUAAAUGACGCAGUUAUCGCAAUUAAUCGAAUGCUUUCGUCUCGAGAAUAUAGGAAAUAACUAGCAACUAAAGAAGCUCUCGAUGGUUUUACAAAUUCUUCAUGUUAGAACCUAAGAAAUGUGUAGAGAACAGUAUGUAGGAUACGCAUGAUGAUGUUGGGGUUAAAGGGUCAAGAAGGCAGAAACAAGAACUUUUGAUAAAGACGUUAGCAAUGAAAACAAAAUUUGGUAAGGUUAGUGAGGAUUUGGUAAGGUUAAGGGUUAGGACUGAUUGGGGAUUCGGGAUUGGCGAAUUUUUGUGUUGCGGAAUUACAUUUUAAAAUUGCGGUCCAUUGUGGCUUAGAACUUUCCAUGCUGCUUAACAUUAAAAAGUAGAUAAACGUAGUUUGCUUCAAUUGAAUAGUUUAAUUGUGUAGUUCGCUUCAAUAAACGAAGUUCGCUUUUAUUGAUUUUGCCGUUUCUUAAUCGCUUUUGAAGUGAAGAAUUAUAUUUGAAUCAUCGAAGGCACGGACGGGCUUACAGACGGAUGUUACGUAGUUCUGAUUCACGUUUUGUUUUAUCUGUAUACUUUAAGCUCAGUCCAUUUUUAAGUCUAUAAUCAUGAUCGCAUUGAGGAAUGGGAGACUGGGAGCUGCAUUGGUAUGGCGACCAACAAACUUUUGUGAUCGGGAGUUCUCCAUAGAGCUCAUUGCCUCCUCAACCGACCCAUAAACCCAUUACCAUCGUUAGCUCUAAUCAGAGCUCAUGGUCUCCCCGAUCCACCAACAAACUUUUGCGACCGGGAGCUCUUAUCAGAGCUCACUGACUCCCCGAUCGAGCAGGAAACUUCUUGCGAUCGGACUCCCGAUCAGUAAACAACCUAUACUUUACGACAUAAUCCGACCCUGUGAACAAACUUCACAUGGAGUAAAAUGCUACUGUUAGUCAAUUUUCUUCUUAAUUUCACGUACUUUGACUUUUUCUAAUACGAUCCUUUUCUCAUAGUUCAAUGUAUUUUCCCCUUUUCGGAUAGCAGAAACCGAAAGAUAUCUUUGGUUAAGGUCUAUGUUUUAAAACUUCGAGAAUUUUUUAUUUAAAAUCUUCAAGCGCUCUAAUAUUCGAAUAUUACAGUUACACGAAGACAGGGGUAUAGAGAAAUUUAAACGGAUUACUUUCACUUUGAAAAACCGUACUUCUUUAUUCUUGCAAAUCAAAAACGUCUUGCAGGCUCGUGAGCGUCAUAGAAAAAGUACAACAUUGAAUUUGACUUUAGAUAUAGAGUAAAGACUUGUACGCCGACGACACUCUCAGCUACUUCAUUACUUCGCCUGGGUUAACAAGCCAUUCCUCUUCAGUUCUCUUAACUGUUCAUUUAUUUUGUAACUCGAAGUGCUUGAACAAUAGCUCGUAGAAAUCCAGAGGUUUGAAAAUAUCCAGGUACAGGGAGUACUGUUUUUCAGCCGUCAGUGUAGACAUAGCCUCUUGCACAUCGCUAGGAAGGUACUUAAAUAACUCUUCCGGUAUUUUCAUCUCGGGAUCUGAUUGUCCGUAUUUCCGCGUUCUCUUUGGGCGUUUCUUCUCCAUAAACUUAGAAAAUGUAUGUUUUACGGUUGCACUCAUUUUCCACAGCUUCGGUAAAAUAUUGAAGUGUUGGUUCGAAAUGUCUCGUAAUCAAGUUCAUAAAGUUGGCAAAUGAUAUGGAGUACUGGUUAUUUAUGUUCUUAUUACUAGCAUCCACGUACCAAUCAAAAGCUACGUUUUGGUGCUAGGAUUAAGAGCUAAUACUGAAAACAUCGAAGCACACGGGCGUGGCUUAGAGUUGUUCCGCUCUGACGUCUUUCGAAACGUCAGCUUGUAAACUCUUUAGGGUGGCUAAUUUACGUAAUUAACUCGGCUGAUAAUACUAAACUACCCUGUUAAAAUCUCUCACCGACGCAGCACCACAAUUUCUUCAGAAACGUGACCCCUUUAUCAAUUCAUAAAGGGCCUGUUAGAAAGGGCUUACGCGUGGAUGGUUGGCUUUCAAAACUUUUCCUGUUGCGACUUUUUUUUAUCUCAAAGUUGUUUAAAUGUAUUUUUAGAGAGAUAUCAAGAGCAUUCCACUGAGCACAGCUUUUUUAAAUUGGGAAGGGUUUAGCUCGAAAUAAGGACUGGGUGCAGGCGAAAGUAAUUAGGCGCAAGUUAUCACAAUGAAUCAAAUGCUUCAGCUCUUGAUGGUUUUACAAACUCUCCUUGUUAGAACCUAGGAAAUGUAUGGAGAAUAUGCAUAAUGUGGUUAAGGUUUAAAUGGGAAGAAGACGAAAAUAAGAGCUCUUGAUAAAGACGUAAACAAUGAGAGCAAAAUAUGAAAUAAAAGUGGUCGAAGGUCGAAGUAAUUAAGUACAAAUUAAUGACAGACGUAGUUAGCACAACAGAACGCUGCAAAACACCACAAAUUAAUCGAAAACAGUCAUGGGAACUCUUUCCAAGCACAUUUUCAAAUUGGAAAACAAUCUUAAAGUAAAGAGUGGGCGGAGGCGCAAGAUUCUUGGGUGAGGUUGGUUUUUAUUUUCAAGUAAGGUAUUGUUCCAAAAUGAAAUUAGAGAUGAAAAACAAAGUAUAAACUUCAAAGGAAAAGCAAGAGUUGAAAAACAAUUUUUUUUAGAACAGGGAGUAAAUCUCUCUUGAAAACAGUUCUCAAAUAAUCCGCUAAUUUCUCAAUAAUCAGGAAGUUAAUUAAUAUCUCCAAAUAAGGUAUGGUUCAGGAAACUAACGAAACUAGACAAACAACACUGAUAUGUAAACAGCCGUCCUUAUAUGCAGAUGAAUUUAGCCCAGGAGGGGCAAGAAAAGUUGAAAACAACACAAAGACAGCUUCAAAAUUUACAUCAGUUGGAAAACAACGUUCGAUUACAAUUUUGAAUUUAACUAUUCAAAUAGAGAAAGUGAAAAGCCUGAAAUUAUAAAAUUUAUGUCUAAUAUACUUCCAUGUCCAUGGGAAUUUAGUGGGGAUUCGCUUAAGUUUAGGAUCGGGACUGAUCGGGAAUAUUUUGGGCUGCGGAAAUGCAUUUAAAAUUGCGGUUCGUUGUGGCUUAUUGUUUUUAGUCUUGUCACUAGGCUGGGGUUUUUUCUUUGUUCUGUGCUCUUUUUAGAGAGAUAUUAAAAGUAUUUGACUGAACGUAGCUUUUUUCCAAAUUGGGAAGGGUUUGCUUCAAGUUUGCUUCGCUUGGUUGUAGCUGGAAAGUUAAUUGAAUCAACGGAAAAUCUUCAGUUAAACUACAAUUCAAGGUCAUAUAGAAUUGUCAGAAACAUGUUUUGAAAGCUUCAAUCAAAUCAAGCAUUUAUUUUAAUGUCAAUUUACUCGGCGGUAAAUCCAUUCAAGUGUAGAAAGUUAUUUGAAUCAAGAAAUUUUUUUUCUGUAAACCGUUGUUGAUAUGCAAAUAGAAUUAUCAAAACCAAUUUGGGAAGGUCGUAGUUCAAGUAGCAAUUGCAUUUUGUUUCCCUCUGCUAUGUAAAGUUGGCUUUAAUUGAUUUUGCCGUUUGUUUAUCGAUUUUGAAGUGAAAAAUUGUAUUUGAAUCAUCGAAGGCACAGACUGGCUUACAGACGGACGUGCGUUAUGACGUCACCGCUAAAUUUUUUUGGCUAACUCUUCUUAGUUCUGGGCCAACGCUGUGCGCGCACUUCUCGCAUCGCGAGAGCUUCGCUACUUACGAUCGAUUGUCAUCUCAGACACCAUUUAUGGAAAACGAGUGUUACCCGUUAAACCAUCUAGACGGGUUUUGCGAGUAGUGUUACGUUGUUCUGAUUCACGUUUUGUUUUAUCUGUAUACUUUUAGCUCAGUCCAUUUGUAAGACUAUGAGCAUGAACGCGUUGAGGAAUGGGAGACUGGGAGCUGCAUUGGCUUGGUGCCUUAGAUCUAAGGUAAGGGCAAACAGUUAGAUGUAAAAGUCUGCUAAUAAAUGAAACUUAUACAGGCUGCCUCUUAUAUUCUUACAAGGGCCUUAGGUUUAAAUAAAUUAAUGGACCUCGAGAUUUAUCAGUUAGUGGAUUUUUUGAAGUUAAAGUAUUGUGUCUUUUGCCGUCUUGUCUCUUUUCAAAGAGGUUGGCUAGAUUUAGUAUACUGUUUUUCUUAAAGGAAAAUGCUGAACUCUGAUCGAAUAACCCCGACACAAUUCCAUCCAACAAUUAUCGAUCGAAAGAUUCACAUUCAAUUCAUUAGCAGUUUAGAGUUAUGUUGGUGAAAGAACGAGAAAUAUGUGACACUUUCUUUAAGUCUCUCACAGCUGUUUCGAGUUGAGAGUCAACUACUUGCUUAUUCCUUACAGGGAGGGUUACCUUACCCUGGGACUAAACCUAUACCUAUCUAUGUUUAAAGGAUGUGUCGGCAGGUUCGCGCAGGGUUCUAGGGAUCUAUUCCCCCUACUCUCUCAUUUGUCAACUCAGGCAAUUCGGUGUUACAUCACACUUGAAAUUUUCCUUAAUACUCACCACUUGCCUGAUUGGUAUUAUAUUGAUAUCGUCACCGUAGAAACUGUUUGCUUGGUCCCCAGUCUCAGCACACCUGGCUGCGACCGUUUUAAUCACCAUUGGUCAUAGUAAAUCUUUGCGAUAACAUUUACAGCAACUCUUAAACUUAACCUGUGUGCCACGGCCAUGCAGCAGGCCGUACUGUUAUUACUUAUUAUUAUUUGGUACGUAAGGUAGUUCCGAGGUCAAUCCAAGCGUUUUGAUUGUUCUUACUCGGUCAGGAUUUUACCAUACGCGCAGAAACGGUCAUAAGCCGUGUAUAGUUGUUCGCGAAAACCAGUCAAUCAAAAAUCAUCAAGUUUGGUCCAAGUGCCAAGUGCCAAGUAACUAACCUCGUUUGCUAGAGCUGCACAGCGGAAUAUUGGCCCUCGAUCGUUUUUAUGCGGACGUCGCUGCGCUCGGUCCGUACUGCCAUGACCUCGGGCUUAUAUUCCCCAGUGCGGCCCUCACGCUUGGUUAGUAAGAAGUUAGUAUUUGUGGUCUAUAGUCGAGGAGAAGAAGAAGAAUCUCAAAAAAGGCACCGCGCAUCACCCCCGUUACACAAAAGGUUUGACAAGGGAUUGCUGCACACUGAUUUUUAAGGGGGUGGGGGUACCUUUGGAAGUAUCAAUAUUUAUGGUUCAGGAACGGUUUUCGCAAUAUCUCCAAACUACUCAACCAAGUGUUAAAAUCGUUUUUUUAACUUUUGUAGUUAUUAAAUGUGGGAUAAAUGCGGUCGGUUGAACAGUGGUUGCUAAGGAAACCAAGAUGAACUUGGUUUUAUAAAAUGUAAUAAAAACUGCCUUUUAAAUUAUUAUUUCGUAUCGAUUUGCAAUGAAAGAGAACGAUCACAGCUCAUAAACUCCCCAAUCGACCAACAAACUUUUGUGAUCGGAAGCUCUUAUGAGAGCUCAUUGACUCCCCAAUCGACCAACAAACCUCUUGCUAUCGGGAGCUGUUAUUAGAGCUCAUUGACUCCCCGACUGACCAUCAAACCUCUUGCGAUCGGGAACUCUUAUAAGAGCUCAUUGACUCCCCAGUUGACCAUCAAACCUCUUGCGAUCGGGAGCUCAUUUUAGAGCUCAUGAACUCCCUGAUCGACCAACAAACGUAUUGUUAUCGGGAGCUCUUAUCGGAGUUCGUGGACUCUCCGAUUGGCCAACAAACUUUUGUGAUCGGGAGGUCUUAUCAGAGCUCAUGGACUCCCUGAUCGACCAACAAAACUUUUGCGAUCGGGAGCUCUCAUCAAAGCUCGCUGAUUCCCAAAUCGACUAACAAACUUCUCGCGAUCGGGAGCUCUUUUCAGAUCUCAUGGGCUCCGUAAUCGAUCCUCAAACUUUUGUAUUCAGGAGAUCUUAUCGGAGCUCAUUGACUCCCCGUUCGACCAACAAACGUCUUACGAUCGAGAGCUCUUAUUAGAGCUUAUUGACAGCCCGAUCAACCAGCAAACUCUUGUGAUCGGCAGCUCUUAUCAGACUUCACUGACUCCCCCAUCGACCAAUAAACUUUUGUUAUCGGGAGCUCUUAUUAGAGCUCAUAGCCUCCCUAAUCGACCGACAAACCUAUCGCGAUCGGGAGCUCUUAUCAGAGCUCAUUGACUCCCCUAUCGAGCAUAAAACAUUUGCGAUUGAGAGCUCUUAUCGGAGCUCAUUUACUCCCCGAUCGACCAAAGAACUUUUGAGUUGGGAGCUCUUCUCAGAGUUCAUUGAUUUCCCGAUCGACCAACAAACUUUUGCGAUCGGGAGCUGUUAUUAGAGCUCACUGACUCCCAAUCAAGCACCAAACUUGUGUGAUUGGGAGCUCUUAUCAGAGCUCAAUGACUACCCGAUCGACCGACAAACUUUUGCAAUCGGCAGCUGUUGUUGUCGGGAGCUGUUAUAAGAGCUCAUUUACUACCCAAACGACCCGCAAACUUCUUGUGAUCAGGAGCUGUUAACAGAGCUCGUUGACUCCUCAACUGACCAAUAAGCUACUUGUCAGUGCUCAUUGACUCCCUCAUCGACAACAACCUGCGAUCGGGAGCUGAAUUUCUUUUGCCUUUGCCUAUAAAGCAAGAUUAAUGGUAAGGUAUUCUUGGAGUGAACAACGUCUGUCAUUUAUUGUUUUCAGCAUUUUUGACUAUUUCAUAAAAUCACGUUUGUUCUUGGUUUUCUCAGCAGUUUUUUCCAUGGAAACGGUUAACCAACCAACCAAAAUUAUCCCACAUUAAGUAACUACCAAUGUUACAUCACUCCUCCAAAUUUUAUUUUAUUUGGUUGAGCAGUUCCAGAUGUAUUGCAGUAAAGUUCCUGAAAACAUAAAUAUUGGCACUUCCAAAAGUACUUCCCUCCCCCGAACAGCAAGUCACUAACCUCACAAUUAGUGACUACAACUAACAUCGUGAUGAUCUCUUGGUAUAAGGCUAUCCGAAUCUGAUGUCAAACCUUUUGUGUAGUGGGAUGCUGCGAGGUUGUCUUUUUCUGGCUUCUCCUCCUCGGCUACUAGAGUUAAAGUGAGUACUUGUCUGCGUAUAAAGUAUCGAGGAUGUUUCCUGAACUUUCAUAAACGACUGCGAUAGCUGGUUAUUGGUUUACUUUGUCAUGUGAUCUUGCGCGAAAUGUCGUGGUCAUUAUUUUAUUCCUGGUUAGAUUAUACAAUUUAGGUUGUCAAAUGGAGAUUUUGAAAGAAGUUAAGCUCGGAGCUGGAGUAGACAGGCUAGAAUAUGUCUAAUUUGCGUAACUGGCGGGUUCGGCGGCUGUUUUCACGGCUCCGCUGCUUGACGCUUCAAAGCGUAGAAAAAAUCCAAUGGCUACUCAGACAAGGAGAUGCCAAAAGCGAUCUGAACAGGGGUAAUUAGGGUUUAAAUUGAUUGACACGGAUUACAGAUUCACUCCGAUCUCGUUAUGUAAACAAUUCACAUUAUCAGCUUCAUAAAACCAAAUUAUUUUGCACCACCCCCACUAUCCUAGUUUCCUCAGAACCUUAUCCCUUUUAUUCGCGGAUUACUAAUGAAAAACUUGAAAUGCUUCUGCAAACUCUUUCAUGAGCACAACGUAAGACCAAUUUCCUCCAUCUAACCUAUGACACGAACCUUGACUGUAAUAAUCUGGGUAAAUCGUAAACGCACCAGUUUGUUAAACGUUAACUCUCUUACGUUGUUUUAUUUUGUGUUUAGGACUCUACAUUUGCAGCUUUUAUUUCAGAAAGGUAUGAAUAAUUCUUCACGGUGUUGGUUAUCUCUUUUGUUAAAUUGGAGUGUAGCAUGGAGAAUGAUUAUGCAUGACUUUUCGACCUUAGGAGACCUUCGAGCCAAUUAUUCUGGUACGAUUUUCGCUUACCAUCAUCGGACACAACUGCGAUAAGAAUCGUGUCGUCUAAAUCGUUAUUAAGGUGGCUGGAAACAGUUUUCAGAAACGCCUACUGACUAUAUUCAAAGCGCUCAAAACCAAACUUUCCCCUUUCGCAGUUGUACCAAUUUCACGCAUGUGUUGACCAAAGGAUUGAAGUUUCAAAAAGUGGGCGUGGCAUAACAAUCGCAGUUACUAUUGUUAUGCUAACGUUAUGGAGAAGUCCCGUUAAACAGUAUUUGGGAAAACGGUAGAUUAUCCCCAAACUUCAGAAUUUUCCCGUUUUAAGAUAGGGCUUCGCAGCUGAGUGAAUUUAAACAAAUGAAAUCUAGCUGUUUCAUAAUUAUUAUGCCGCUAAGGUUACAUUUGAUUUAACUGCUGUGACAUGAUACUGUUUACGAUAAUAACUCUAAAUCACGUUCUAUCCAAUAGAUUAUAAUUUUUAUUCAAAGGGGGCGCAAAUAAACACGAAAAUGGCGACCAUACGUUAAACGCAGUCCCGAGCGCAGUUCAGUAACAUUUUUCCUUCUGAAAUAGCCUUGGAGACCAGGCUCUGGAUCAUACCAUUACCAAAGAUGCCUAGAUGUUAUCAUUGCCACUUCUUCUGCUCAAAGCAGAUUACAAAUUUGAGCUUUUGUAUCUUGAGAAACAUUUCUGUAGAAAAUUGAAUGUUUUAGUCCGUUGGAGCGCUUUUUGAUCGAAUGCCGAAAAACCAAAACCAGGUAAUUUCAUUUGCCCAUCAGAUAAAAGGAAAUUCACUAGCGGCCAAUGAAAACUCAGAGUAAAAACAAGCGAAAUUAACUAAAAAAACGCAGGAAAACGCGAGUGGCCAGUUGCGAUAGGUUUUAGUUGUAAAUCUGAUUGGUUGAGAAACUGGCACGAGGUUUUUGGACCAAUCAUAAAACAAAAUAAAACAAAACCGAAGCAAUCCUAUAUUAAUUUCGAUGCUCAAUUUCAAAUUGUUCUAUUCUGAAGUCUCGGUUUGAACUUCAACCGUGGUGGCCAGGAACAAUUUUGAGUUACCUUGAGUUAUCCCUUACAUUUGCACUUGAGUUUGUAUUGUCUUAGGUCACGCCUGUGAAAUGCUAUAUAGGCGUGGCAAAAUGAAACUUUUUCAAUUUCUUGUAACGAAGCUAGAGUUUUCGUUGGUUGGGAUUUGCGCUAGGGUUGCUCUUACGUGUGUUUCCUCGCCGACAAACCUGCACCUUCAGGCGGUGAGUGGUGCGAAUAUUUUAUUUUUAAAUUAGUCAAUUAAAUCUAAGUGAUCUGUCGUUUUCUCAAUUUGACAGGUUUCUCACAGAGUAUUGUAAGAGCGGGGGAUUUUCAAAUUUGGACCUGAUCGACAAUCUUGGAUCCGCUAUGCUCUUAAGCGAUCGACUUACGUUUCUUGGUAAGUCAAGACUGAAAAGUUUUUCCGGAUAUGCAUCGAUAAAGCAGCGAUGACUUAACGAAUAUAACUAUCGAGGUUUUUCGUUGAUUCUACCUAGAGGAAUGACGUCUACUUUGUUCAUGCUGUCAGUCGAUUCACGAAGACUACAUUUUCAAUUGAAACUGUUGUUUGCCGCGUAGACAUUCAGGCUUGAGAGUAAGGGCAUUCUUUUGAAGGACGAAAUGAAAUGGAAAUCAGUUCCUGCCCAAACACUAUUUUCUGCGGUAUCUUGAGUUUAGGGUGCUUAUUGUUAUCAUCUCUUCUUUGCUUUGCCAUUUUGUUCCCCUAAUUUUCAUUUUCUUUUUUCAUGUAGGGAAAUAUCGCGAGUUCCAUAAAAUGUACGAAGAAGGCAAGUUUCAUGAAGCUUCCAAUUUGCUGAUUUCUUUGCUGACAUCGAAGCUCGCUCCACAAAGGUGAAUCAAAUAUUGACUCUUCUUAGUCUUGAUCUCCAGCGUCUUGUCAACUUAAACGAUAGCAGACUGCGUUUUGUAAACGCAAUUACAAGAGGAACUAACUUGAUAAGAAACAUUUAUUACACCAACUACACUAUAUUUUUAUUUGCAAUCAAUCUUUGUAGUUUUCACGACUGUUACUCCGUGAUUGCACGUUUCAACUCUUUUGACUUCCGUCCGGCUCAUGAUUUGCUCGUGUUCAGCUUGGCUCAGCUCGUAGUCGACUCGUCUUCGGUUCGCAUUCGGUUCUUGCACAGCAUGUUCUCGGCCCAUGUACGGCGCCGAUUCAUACAGUGUUUGGCUAGUAUUUGGAUCAUGCUCAGUUCGUAUCGGGCUCAUACUCGGCUCAAAUUCGGGCCUUGCUCGACUUAUGUCCAGCUAAUACUCAGCUUGUAAACGGCAUAUGCUUGGCUCGUUCUCAGCUAGAACUUGACUUGUGUCCGUCUCUCGUGAGGCUUCGAUAUCUUAUCCGCUUGGCCUAAAUUUUAUUGGAGUAUGGGUUUGUUACCUAUGCAAGAGAAGGGCCUGGGAAACGUCCUUUUGUUUUAACUCGCCCGCCCCCCGUCUGUCUCUCAGUUUGGGCAUUGUUUCAUCUGUUUUAAUACUGCUUCUGUUGUCAUCUAUGUUUCGUCGUUUCGCCUUACACGGUUUGCUUAAUGGCGAAUUUGCUUAACUGUUUUUUUUUAAGUAAAUCCAUUUAGGCUAUCAAAAGGUGACGCUCUGAAAGAGUGAUUGACCUGCCCUGUCGAAGAUUACUGAAAAGUGGCAGUUUGUGGGGGCAUCUCAUUAAUGAUGUCAAUUGAAAUGAGUUAACAUGUACCAAAAGCGAGCAUUGUGUAGCUGUUAUAAAGAGGUGACCAUAUUAACUUAGAUCUCUUUAACCCUUUUACUCUCGCGAUCAGACAUGUUAUUCUCUUUUCUUAGUGCUAUACAUUCUUUUGGGGAAUAGUUAAGAGGAUUCACCUUGUCGUUCAUGAGAUUUUCUCUGCAUCGUAUCUAGCUGGCCUCGGUUGUUCAAAGAUUGGAGAACGCUAUCCACUGGAAAAAUCCCUUUCCGGUGGAUAGCGAAAGAUCUUUUGUUAACACUUAUCCUCUGGAUAGUGAUUCAUACGUCGGAUAGCGUUAUCUGCCCUUUGAACAACUUGGUCCUGUUCUUGAAGCUCUGACCCUAGCGUUGUGCGUUCUUUAUAUAUGUAGCAGUAGCAAUUUUGUAGAAUGAUCUUAUCACCCAUCCCUCAAGUCUCUUCGAUCCAUUUUCACCGCGCCCUUGGGAAAGAAGUAGGUAUCCUGUUAUCACAAACCAAAAGAUGGGGGUUAGGAAAGAGAUUAAUGCUUUUUUUUUUAUUUUACGCGAUAUUGUAUUGUCUCGAAGCUGACAAGUCCACAUCAUAACUUAAACAACCCCACGCAUCUAGACAGAAAUCAAAUCUGCACACUCGACUUAAGUCACCCACCUAGAAGGAUAUCUGGCAAAGUCUUAUAAAUCCAAUUUAAACUAAAGCGGUGGAAACAAUACAUUUGUCUAAUUUUAGAGUGGGUGUGAUCCGUUUUUCAGUUUUAAUUGAUUUUGGCUGUUUCAUCUUUCCAGCAGUAUGAUCAAGUAACUCCCACUCUAUGCCCUUCAUUCGGAAAUGUCUGAGAAUUUCAACAUUUUUCUUUCUAACUUUAUCUAGCAUGGCUAAAAAUAAACGGGAAGGCGACAUUGGGGCUCGUCAAAAUACGGAGCAACUCGUAACAAUACUCACAGAUGCCUCACACCAAAACGUCUUUUAAGAUAUGUAUUUUUUUUCCCUUCAAUUUGGCAAAAGUUUUUGGGUGCUAAAAAGUAAAGCGAGAGUUUUGGAGUUAGCUCCUUCAAUGGCGGUUUGUGUCCCUGACUAACAACUUUGGUUUGAUUUUUUCCACGAUAUUUCCGACGAAAGAAAAACAUCUGUAAAUUCCACACAUCGAUUGCCUGUUUCGUCUGAGAUGCACGUUGAUAAGCCAAAGGUCCCUUUUUUUCCUUUUUAAUUUUAUAUUGAAGAAAUGUAAAAUGGUUUCCGUGUUUACGUAGCCUGAUGAAAACACGCGGGACGUUGAGAGAACACGAGAUAAGCGUAGGAAACCACGACGCGAAGCGGAGUGGUUUCCAGCUUAUCGAGUGUUCUCCAACCUCCUAAGUGUUUACAUCAGGCUAUGUAAACACGGAAACCAUUUUAUAUUUCUUUUAUAAAAUAACUAAUGAAAGAGGAACGAAAACCGUGUUUACAUACGCUCAUGUAAAAUGGUUUUAUGGCCAAUCAGAGCGCGCGUACUAUUUGAAUUAUUUUAUAAUUUAUAUUUAUAGAUCGCACUACCAAGCCGGCAUUGCAUACUUUACUUUUACAUUUUGGGUUUUUAAACAUCAAGUUGUAAAAUUAACACAACUGGGUUACCUUGAAGCUUUGGUUUCUAGAUAACGGAACUGCUCUUUAGUCUUGUUAUCGAAGAAAACAAAAAAUGAAAAUGAAUAAACAAAUGAAACUUUAAGAAAAGAAUUUGCAUGAGUUAAUCUUGUCAGUCACCUUGACCUCGUUAAGUCAACAAUUUGAGACAAGGUUUUGUUUCUCUUCGUCUCGUUUUUAGACUGAUUUGGAAAGUAAAAAUAAACUUUGCAAUGUUUUCGAUAAGGGUGGCAUUCAAAGACCUUCUGAACUGUCCUUAUGCUCUUAGAGUUGACCUUGGGCAGAAUAAGCUGUCGAAGGGCUAAGGAAUGAGAAAGAGUAGGGUUGAACAAUCUCUAAGAGGACGUCAAAGAAUAAAGUCAUUCAGAUGAGCCAAGUUUGAUGAGGUCAAGCUAACGGUAUUUUAGGAAAUUCUUGUACAGUCGAACCUGUAUUAAGUGGCACCGUAUAAAGCAGUCACCCUGUAUUAAGCGGUCGGUUGUCAAAGUACCGAAUUUUUCCCCCUUAGUUACCGCACUUUUUAACUUCUUCGAUUUGAUCCAUGUUUAUCUUCGUUUAGCAAGUUUCUGUCAAUAAUGGGAUAAAAUGACCUGUAUUGGGCGGUCAACCUGUAUGAAACAGGCACCCCGCCAUUCCUCGUGGGUGACCGCCUAAUACAGGCUCGACUGUAAUUCUUGUUGACCCUUGCACUCCUAAGAUCUAAAUAUGAUAUCUCUGCACUGUUUCCAAUUCAUUUUUGACACGUGUGACUCUGAGAAUUUAGCGCUGAAUCAAACUCUUGUCAACAAGGACUUGUCAGCACCUUUCAGUCCGCCUUGAAAUGUAUAGAUAUUGAAAAGAGAGAUUCCGUUGUGGUCACAUCUGAGAGUGACAGGGUUAAUUAGGAGAUCUUAAUUUGAAGGGAUGAAAAAUAAAACAGGUUUCGAUUUUGCCGUAUGAGUAUGCAAGACGCAGGGCUGCCAACAAGUUUGAUAGUGGAAGGCAAAAGAAAAAACUUAGGCGGCCAUAUCAUUGUGGACCCCAUGUCGUUUCGUGCGAAAACAUGCAAUAAUUUAGUGUUAGAUCAAGAUAACAACCUCUACCAGAUAACUAUGAGUAUCAUGACUUGGUCACUAAAAGAAAAAGUGUGGGGACUUUAUAGGGAGAAGUUGGAACUAUUCAGUUAAGUGUGGCCGGCGUUACACGAAGCUCGUACAAACCUUAGAGUUCUGAAGAUGGAAUCGAUUCGCAUAUCUAAACCUGUUAUUGGUGAAAGAUAUAGUCAGUUUAACACGAAACUGGGAAAUUAAUAUGCUACAAACUAAAAUCGCACUAUUUUUCAUUGGAAAUUAGGGUGAAAUGAGGUGAAAGAAGCCGGUGAAAGAUGACAGACUGUCCGGCGCUUUUUGUCGGCUACCGGUUUUUAAUGAUAACCCUGAGGACGUGUGUCAUAUAUGAACCCAGUAAGGCCUAACUCGCCGUAGAGUUCCCUGUAGUUUAGUAGAGCAUCGGAGCACGGAUCACGAAAGGUCGGUUGCUCAUGGGGACUCGGAAUAUUUUUCUUUGUCCCACGCCCGCGACGACAAGAUGAAAAAAAAAAUUCUUUUUUUCUUUUAAUUCCUGAGCUAUCAGUUACCAUCUGUCAUCUUCUAAUUGGAAUUUAAGUUCAACUUGAAACAAAUUCAAUUUUUCAUUAUUAUUUUUUUGAUCCUCUUGAAAGCGACUCUAAUUUUACUUCUUUUGGUCUUACCAUAUAAAAAUAUUUCUAUAGCUGUCGCAGUUGUAGAGCUUGUCGGGUUCACCGGCUCGCCAGUGUGCAUUUCAGUUCAGUGUGGUUCAACCUAACCCCAAGAAAUAAAAGCCGGUAAUACGAGUUUCGUGACUGCUCUUUAGUUCAGAAAAACGUGAUUGGCCGAUUUGCGAUUUUACUUGUGCAUUUGAUUGGUUGAGAGGAUAGUGCCAGCUCUCGAGGCCAAUGACGGAUUUCUCACUGCGCCCUAUUGAAAAUUUCUGUUAAAACGCACAGUUGUAAACUGUAAGAAUUUUCAUGGCACAUCCACUUACUCUUUAGGGGAAAAUUUUCCUAGGGUCUAUUUUCGUGUGUACGGCAAAUAGCAGAAUCAGGGGAAGGUUUCGCUGAGUACCGGAAUUCAAAGAAAAACAGACCUCUUUUGAAGUUUCGGACCUUUGGUGACUUUUAGCUUGAAGGUGUCUGUGUAGUAACGGGAGAUCGACUCUGUGCCUUACACUCUCUUGUAGCAUCCUGUUCAGACCUGGUGUUAUUAAUUUCAGACACGAAAAUUAUACAUUCCUACCGGAUUUUAGGGAGAAACGGGUCUGUACCGAAGAGCUCGGACCUUUUAGUGAAUUGUCGCUAACACUUGUCGACGCGGUGAUGGAAGACCAACUGUGCCUUACGCCAGUUGGCUCCUUCAAGUUGUCGGCUCGGUAACGUAUGAACGCCUCCGUCCCUUUACGCUGCUGUAAACAUCCCGGUUUGAUUUGUUCAUCUGUAGAGAAAUACGUCUUAUUACCAACGCAAAUUUGAAAAGUUGAUGCCUUACCCAACCCAACCCAACCCAAUAAACAGUUGAAUUUUUUUUGAAUUAUUAUAACAGUCACAUGUGAAGCAUGUCUUCAUUUCCUUCUCUUUAACCAUCGCGUUGACGUUCAAUCGCUUUUUUGGCAAUUUUCCUACUCUUCACGUAGUUAUUAGAUGAGGUACUGCGGCGUUGGCCAAAUUAUUUGUGCAAGACAAGAGCAGCGCUCGAGGAGAAAAUGUUGACAAAGUGACACUCCCAUGAUUAAUUUUUCAAUCAAUGCCAUUUAUACUUCCUUGCUUUAUGUUUCCAAAACUGUCAACUCGACCAUCCCCUCUAUGUUCCGAGUCCAAGAAUGAAUCAGAAAAGAAGGAACUAUAGUCACUUCGAAAUAAAAUCACUGUUUUGGAGGAAAAUAAUUUACUCAAGCUGUACAAGGCAAAGUUGUACUCCACAAUAGCAUGUAUUUAGCUAAAUUCUCUAAGUAAGCGCUGCAUUGCUUGCUGUAGCAUACUUUCUAGCGCGGCGCUUAUUGCAAUUUUUGCUCUCGCAUGUAGUGCUUAUUCGGAGGGUGGCAUUUAAUCGAGUGAAUAUGGUAUUCUAUCUUGCUCCGGGGUUAAUUCAGACUUUCUGUUUAUCUUGUGACGCUUACUUUGUGUAUGUAACAAGUUCUAAUUGUGAGUCAAAUUUGUACGAGAGGCCGUUUCAAGUGCUUUGUAGGUGAUCGCACCCAAUUUUAAUACAACUUAGUCCAAUUCUUGCCCAAGGCUCCUGUUGCCAUCGUGUCUAAGGAAUUCCAACUUUCCUUUACGUAAAGGAAGGCCUACAGGCAUUGUAUUGAACCUCAAAAUUUAAAGGUAAAUACAGCAAGUGCAAAACAAGUUAAUCUAUAUCAAGUGUGCUGUUUGUCCCAUGCUUUAGCGUCGGCGAACGUGCGAUGGUACACGAACAUAGCCGUUGGGGGCGUAAAUUCUUUUAAGACUUUUCCCCGUUCAGGAAAACUCAUUUUUUACUGACGUUAGCCGGUUCCGUAAUCAUCUAAAAUUAAUUUACGUUUUUAGAACAGGGUCACUUCUGUUGUCGAUUCGUGACGGCAAAAAUGCACCGUAAUGGCUCUGUUUGCCGCAGUUAUAAAUAUUCGGCCCUCGAAUCACGACAUCUCCGCAAAUAUUUUCCUCCAACUCUUCUUUGUGUGCAACCGCAGCGUCACGAAAUACCUCUGUCUUUGAAACUCGAUGACUUUUUUGCUAUGAAGGAACUCUUCCCUGGUCGAAUUUUUCCGCCAUUGAGAGUAUUAUUUCCUUGAGGGAACUCAUUGGAAGAAAAAUAUUAGUUAGGGAACAUAAAAUGAGGACCCGUGACCUCCGUUUGCCCGCCUCUUUGAAGACAAUUAAAACUGACAUACUUAUUUCAAUGAUAUCUUGAGAGUAUUAGUUCUUAGAGCGGUGUUUUAUGGCGGCAUUUGCUUUGUGGAACCUUGCACGCAAACGGAAAGAGUGUGAAGCCACCGGUAUACGAUAACACUUCUUUCUUGGCGAACAUUUUGUCUGAUAAAAAUUGAUGAUAGUAAUCAGAAGCUUCGGGUCAUUUAGACAAGACAAAUUGUGGAAUUGAGAACUCAGUAUUCGAUCCUAGGACUCCGUGACUGCCCUUUAGUAUGUUCGAAUCUUACAGUGUAUGGUUUACAAUGAUAUUGCUGCUUUCCCUGAAAGAAAACAAAGGCUCAAGCAAACGCGACGUAAAUUAAAUAUAUUGCUCUUGGACCUGCGCCGGAUAGUUUUGUGGUAGCACGGGAAGUAAUUACAGAUUAUUGCUGUGGCAAAUGGGCUUGAGUGGGUAGUGUAGACUCGAACAAACGCCCAAAAGUCUCCGGUGUUUAUUCAAUACGCUUUAAGCGAGUUAUGUGGGUUUGGUCGUUCUGCAAAAAUGAAAAGAAGGGUAUUAGGGUGGGUGCGAUACUCGUAAGGGCAGGUCUUUUAAUUAGAAGGCCAGCCUUGAGUUUGCUUUACAAGUCAUUUGACUUUAUAUUAUGGCCUAGGAAUUUUCUUUAUUUCUCUCGAAAUUCAAUUGUUGUGUAACCUCCUGUAUUCAUUUCUUUUUCAAGAAAAGUACUUCAUCAUUUCUUUUCCAUGUUUUUAUUCAGGCGCAUUAAGAGUAAAAUAUAAGAAAAAUUUUAUGAAUCAUUUCUCUUUCAACGUUUUAUCCUGAUAUCGUAAAAAAAGGGUGCGGAUGUUUAUCGUGGUGGAGUACAAUAAUAAUGAAGAAUUUUUAGGCCUUCACCUCACUCGGCCGAGGUUGGGAUUGGUUGAUUUUCAACAGCUCUGAUUGGCCUAUUGUAACUUCAUUGUUUUUGUGAUGUGUUUCCUCGACGGUCUGCUGUCCCACGGCCUCCACGCUGUCGGUGUUUCGAUGAUGUCCUCAAUGAAAUGCCGUACAUACUCUGCAGUUUUUCAUUAAAGAUCAUAUUACUUCUUUCGAAAGCCAACAGUUUCCGCAGUUUUUGGCGUUCUCGAGGUCUACAGAUUUGUGGGCUCGUUGAAAAGGGAAAGACUGAAAUUGUAGAUGCUAGUGACACUUAUUCACUGACAUCCAUUGCUUCUUUGCUGUGACUUUCAGGUUGUGGCUGACGCUGCUAACGGAUACCUUACCUCUCCUGGAACAUAAAGAGGUAAAUUUUCGGAAAUUGCUCUGCUCAACCAGGAGACUAUGAACAGUUUAGGUUCUCUUGGUUCAAAUCAAACUAUAGGCACUUUCUCCAAAUAGUUUGCAUAGUUCUGGGAAUUUUGCCACGACGGAAAGAAAUGUAUUUUUAGAUCGCACCCUAUGCACCCUCACCUUGGGAAUUACUUUUCUCACUGUGCACCCACCCCGUCAGGACAGAGGAGUUUUCCUGUAAAACUUGAAGUGGUUCUCAAAAAUUUAAAUUGAAACACAGAGAGAUAUCAUCAUCAUGUGAACGAGAUCACGAUCAAUGCGCAAAUUUAACUUCUGCAAAGUUUUUCGUUUUACUUUGUAAACCACACUCAGUUUUCAGUCGCGGUAGCGAAGUCAUAGCGACAGCUCCUCUCAUUCUUGUCGUUACUUGAUUGUCACGCAACCUUUUUUUUAGUUUGAUGACCAUAGUAUCGCGUGACACUACUGCAUUCGAGUGGAGUGGAUGGCUAAGGGAAAUAUUACUUUUGACAAAAUACUCAUUUACCCUUUAUUUCUUAGGUGAUCUUCUCAAGCGCACAGACAUACGAACUUAUGCACUGCCUCGAAGCAAUAAGGCUCUCGUUUAGGACAAAGGAGUACCUGGACCAUCCUGACAAGGAACCCACCGACGAGCCCUUGAUCAGAACUUUAACACAGGGUCCAGAGUCACAAUCAGCUAAGAGUACUAAGGUAACAAGACCCUGUUGAAUGUCCGGAUAAAUUAUCUCAACUAGUGUAAUUUUUUUCUCUUUGUAAAGUUUUAUUUUUGUUUGUUUUCAUACAGCGAGGGAUGUGCUUGCUAAUAUUGAACAAAUUCUAGCUAAUUUCCUCGUCAACGUAAUUUAUUACACUGAAACACUUGAGAGAAAUUGGAAAUGGCGCCGUUGUCUUGCCUAAUCUCGCCAGAAUGAUAUUGAAGCGCAGGAGUAAAGGCUUGGCUUUAAAACUUUGGAUAUACAACGGUUUUCCUUUGAUCUGAUUGGCUGUUUUUCUAUGGCAUGGUAUAAAUUUUCGGUGACAGUGAAAUGUGACAAAUACAAAUCAUUGGGUUGCUUUUUGAAUUUUUUUUUCUUUCUUUUUUUAACUUUUUGAAUCUGAACAAACACUUACCUACUGACUUUCUUUUAAUUCUCAACAUCCCUUACAUUUUUCCGGCCAAUACUUUCACCUGUCAACACUAGUUAUCAUCGUCAAUAGUUGUUUUUCAUCGUGUUUUGUCGUUUGCACUAACUUAAAAAAACGUUUCCAUUUACUGACUUUCCGUAGCCGGUGUGGUUGCUCUGCGUGUGUUUCGCAUCUGUUGGUAACGCCGAAAUUUUAAGUAUGGUAGUUAUUUAGAAAGGAUAUGAAAAGCUUUCGAUGCCAAAACUAGUUAAAAUGGUCACAUAACCUUGUUACUUGCUGGUCAGGGUGGUUCAUUAUGGAACCAUGAUUCUGAGGAAUACUUCUGUUGUAGUAGAGAGCAAAAUGUUUGACUGCUGUAUGAAUUCGGAAGGUAAACGUCUUUCAUCGGAUCUCCAACAUAUACCGCCGCGCGGGAAGCGGAUGGAAUAACUGCGAACAGUUUGACAAGUGUUUUCAUCGAUUUGAGGCAACAUUUUUCUCAAUAAUAGACCUUGUUAGCAUCGACAGGUCUUUUUUUUUUUUAAAAGGUCAUUAUCCUUGAGGUAUUUUCGCUUUCAAGUCACUCGUGGACACAGUUCGAGAAAUGUUAUGAAGGCAUUUGUGACUUCGUUUACUCGCUCAUGUAAAUGGAACGAUAUAUUUUGCGAUUCUCCCUGCUAUUCUCUUUCUUUUUAUGUUGUUUUUAAGGAGAAUUACGUAUAGUUAUCAAGGUACUUGUACUUUGAAUUUCCAUUCGUUGUCUUAAUUUUAGUUUUUUUUCUUAAUGUCAUUGAGCGUUUCUCAGUAUGUUUAAAACCCAAAAAGCUUCGACCAUUCUUCUCUUUGUCGUAGACGAGAGGGGAAUCACAGUAGGAAAUCGUUUUAAAACGACACACGCAUGUUAAAAACUUUGUGUGUCGUUUCCCUUCCUCGUGUGUGGCUACUUUAGAGACUGAUGCCCUAUUGUUGGGUGUUGUUCAGUUUCCGUGUGUUCAGCGUUAUCGUACGUGCUAUGGAUAUGUAUAUCUCCUUGGAUUUCGGUCUCUACUGUCAGAACCUGUUGCCUGGGGCAAUGUUUAUUCUCAGGUGCGUCGCGUCAAUUUAGCUGCUGAGAGAAAUUUCCUUCCACGUGGUACACUCUGUCAAGAUAGUUAGGUUACAAGUCUUUUUCAUUGGUCGGUUUUGCUAACGAGACAAAAUCUUUUUAGAGUUUUUUUCUUCUAGAGAAACUUGUAGUCAAUUCGAUUACCAGUUUACAAUUACGGGAGACUUAGACAAAUGUACUUAAAUAGAAAAGUAACGGAAAUGGUUUAGUGCAGGACAUGACCCAACGUAACAAAACCAGUGAUUGAAUGUCAAAGUUGAAAAAAGGUAAAGCUGUUCAAGGGUAUGAUCUUGCAGAAAAAAAAAAGACAGAAUUGAUAGCUGCUUAAAUGGGAACUGUGCCAAAUUGCCUUUGCCUUUUUUUCAUUUCGUGGUGGUUUUCAUGUUUCUAAUUGCCGUUACUAGCUUGUUUCUCGUUUCUGUGUGUGAGGGUUCAAGGUUUGAAGUUGCUUUAAAAGCUAAAAAUGAUAAUAAAUGGUAAAUUGCCUCUUCCAAAGCUAUGAAAAUUUUUCCUCUUAAGAGAUUUUUCGCUUUGCCAGAGGAGACCUGCAGGUGUUAUUGGCAGGUGACCUAAGCUACCUUCUGUUAUGUUAGUUUUAAAUGUCGAAACUAGAUUGGACCCCUCAACCGAAACUGGUUUUCUGAUAAAACCAAGCGGUUAGGUUUUUUUCUUCUCUUCUUUUUCUUUUUUGUAUCGACAAUACCUGUCUGUGAAAUGGAAAACCAUGGUAACCGAGUCGCCUGAUGAAAUUUGCAAAGACUCCAUUAAUAAAACCACAUGUAGGUCUUAACUUUCAUCGUCGGAAAAUAAUAAAAAAAAGGGGAAAAAAAAGAAGAAAGUAAACGAUUUUACAUAUUUAUUUGCCGAGGAGCGGCAAACCUUUAAAGCUUUUGAUAUAGAACUCCUUUUGAAAGGCGUCGUUAACGAAACUAUUCAAAAACACUUCUGAGGGACCGGCUUUUUUAUUGCAGUCGAUCGAAAUUUUAAAACCGUGUUUAUGUCGUUAAGGUAAUCUUUUCUUUCCAAUUCAAGCAAAGACUGAAUUUAAAUGAUCGACGACUUUGCCGAAUGCAUUUCAAAGAAGCCGCCUUUCUGAAAACAGAAAUAAAUGUUUUAUGUGUACAUAGUUGUUCACAGUGAGUCGUGGGGUGGUUUUGUUCGCAGAAAUGGAAAGGCGCUGCGUCUUAAACGGGCACCGAAUCAAACAACGCACUGCCGCUUAUGAAACUAAACUAACACCCCUCCUACGUGCCUAAAAUUACUCACUGUUCUACGAAAUGGUAAAAUGAAGUGAACUUAGUACAUCAUUAUAAUUUCGUGCCCGCACGUGCAGUGCCAAUUGUGGUAAUUAUUCAUGCUUUUUCCUUGUCGGAGUUUCCUUUGAUGAAUUAUUGAGUUGGGUUCCCUGCUGUAGACCUUUACUGACUGUUGAGUUCCCACGUGCUUCUCAAGCGGAACUCGACACUGUUUUGGUAAAGGGAUGGCAAAUAGUAAUGUAAAAUGCAGCCGUUGCUUGGUAUGCGAACCCAGUGUCAAGAGGAUAAUUUAGCGAAAACUUUAGAAAUCUUUUCAUGAAACCGUUGAACAGCAACUCUCCAUCGGAAAAAUGCCUCAGGAAAUAAAGAGUUCCUUAAAAGUGAAAAUUUACUCGUGUCAACUCUUGAUUAAACCGAAAUAAUCGACGGCUUUUAUACUCUAGCUUCCCUUUGACCUACAGUUGGACUUGAAUCAUGAUAGAUUUUACUUAGCGUAGUUUUGAUUUGUGUUGGUUUUCGUUUUCCUUCUCAUAAGAAUUAUAUUUUAAUAUUCAGACAAGAGAAGAGCUGGGCUACACGCGGGUUGUUCACAGCAACAUGGAUAUAAGUAAUUUUAUUGUCUGUUUUGGUGCACCCUCGCCAAAAUUUGUUUCCAAUUAAUCUCAAUCUUUACCAUGAGACAAAUUAAGGUAAUGAAUACUUGUUUCUGAUCUCAUGUUAUAAUUUUUCAUUAGUUGCUUGUUUCAUGUUUUGCGCAAUUCUUCUCGCUCGCCAAAACGAGAUGGGUGUGUUUCUCUUUCAUUUACAUCUACAUUAGAUUGGGAACAAAUUCCACUGGAAUUAUGGAUUUAUCUUCAAUUGUAAAAUCGUGUAUACGGCUUGUUUUUGUCCGCUCUUUCGUUCCAGGCAUGCAUGAAGUGUUUUGGGUUUUGAUGGAACGUUCUAGAAGCAGAGAUCGGCAGAAAUCGCUGCUUGUGUGAACAGUGUACAAGUCUUUCGGUGUAUUUGUCUUCUUUGUUUACAUUUCUCGUGGUGUGUUUUGAAACGGACAUCAAGAAGGUUUAGUGUGGGCUUAUCGUUUCGAAAGGCCAACACUAAAGCUAUUAAGGCGAUCAAAGGCAGCGGUAAGCGACAUGCUAUCGAACUAUGGCACGUGCUGUCGACUUUUUAUAAAUAGCAAACAUUUUUUUCCUUGUCCUGAUCUGAAAAGAAUCGAAAAGCUGACAGGAAUAAAUGGUGUCGUCUUAAACUGAAACCUGGGUGUGAUAUUUUCAGAGAUCUAAAUUUAAAUUGUUUGCGGCUUGUUUAUCUUCAAACGUUUUGAUGGUUCCGAUAAAAGCGACCUCGGGGUGCGCCAGUAUCGUCCUUCGUGAUAUGGCGUGCCUUCACUGAUCUGUUGAUUUGGCUACUCGGUCGGGGUUUGGAAACGACAUUACCUCCUUGAAGUGGCUGCCACGCGUAACAAAGACGAUUUAAAAAAAAAUAUUUUCAUAUCGAUGAUAACGAGUGAUUCUUCAACACACUACUGGCUUUUAGCUUGUAGUAAGCCAUAGGAAAGAAAAGAAAAGAAAGAAAAGAGUUUAGAGAGACUUUGUUAUUCCCAAUGUACGUAAAUCUCCUGGUGAAUGUUAGAGUAAGGCGAUCUGUAUUUGAUGAACUUUAUGCUCCAUUGUCUGGAGGUGCAAGCGGAUUACAGUUAAGCUUGUAAUAGAGUUCUCGAUUUCUUUUGCAUGAUUUUUUUCUGUCAAGCGGCAUUAGUUUCCGAGCGUCAUUUUUUUUUUUUGAUUGCUCCAUACCUGUAUCAUAUUUCGAACGCUCAAUACUCACUGUAGUCGGUUGGAUAAACCGGGCGUCUGAUGUCAGGAGAAAGUUUGUCGGCCGGCCUCCAAUACCAGCGCCAAAUUCAAUAUUUAUCUUUCUGAUUUAUUCUUGGUCACGAAUAUUUGGCUAAAAAAAGUUUGCGGUGCCUUUAUUUAUUUAUUUUUUUCUUUCUGACGGUAUAUCAUAGCAUCCCAACUCUUGUUCGCAAGUAAAUUCAUGUUAUAUUAUUUAGUAUUGAUGUUGGUUCCGAACAUCGGAAUUUGUACCCAGUGGGACUUUGUCCUUUUAAAAGAAAGUACCUCACAGUUGAAGAAUUUUUUCCGAGAUAAUUUCUCGGAGACUCUUAUAACUUUCCAACGUACGUUUGCAUUGAAAAUUUAAAAAGAUUCAUAAGAGUUCGUGGGCAAAUUGCAAAACUCAUCUAAAAAAUGUUCAGCUCUAAACACUCACGAAUCUUAUUGUAUUCAGGGUUCUCGGCGGUUUCGUGAUCGUGGGCAUUUGUCUUGGGAAGCCGCCCCUCCUUUUCAUUUGAAUCCAACAUCAAGAGUCGUGGCUCAAUAAAACAAAAAAACUUGUUCACAAAAUAUUUUAGCAUACCAUUCGGCUUCUCCUGCCUGUUUUAUAAGAGAGCUUAAGUAUCACAUUUACGAUAGAUUCUAAGUUUUUGUGUUCUAAAUUUAACAUAGUUUCCUUUCCUGCGAACACAAGAAUUUUUACCUUUUAAUCCUGACGGGUCAAUUUAGUCUGGCAAAAAUUAAGGGCGCUUAUCAAACAAAGGUGAUUUCCCAACGUCAUUUUAGGUCAACAAAAAUCUGGCCGACAUUUCAAAUUUACCUAAACGUUCCGUAAUGCUUUGUAACGUCCUCUAGUCUCGUACUUCCAUUCUCAUUACGGAGUUCCUGUGUUUCUUGUCUCCCUCGACAUUUCCAGCCGUUAUUGUCAUACUUUAGUCUACUUUGUGGGCAAUCAAUUCCCUGAUCUGCAGUCCUUAUGAUGUUCGCUACGCUACAUUGAUUUUUACGUACCAAGUACUUGAGACUAAAAGGUGGAUCAAAGAGAGAAAGAUCGAGGCUUGGCAUCAAUUUCUCAUGUAGAUAACAGGAAAUUAAAGGGGGUAAGGGGGAAAAAAAAAAACGUGAUUCGUUCCAUGUCUCCUCUUUGGCAGUCAGCCCGUUGGUCUGGUUCAUAACAGGUUUUAAACUUGUUUUAAAGCGGCGAUCUUUGUCGCACAGUCACUGUUCGUGCUUCUCGUCAAGAAGGAAAUAUUGAGAACAUAUCAAUUCUCUGACGUACAAAAUCGGAUGAAACCAUAAAGUAUUAGCUCAGUAAAAGAAAAAAACGAGAGAGGUAAUAUAAAACUAAAAUGGUGCUGACUAAGACUGGAUGACACGGAUUACGAUUAUGCGGCGACGAUCUUAGAAAUUAAUGGCUAAAUUUAUAACAUGUGGAUAUUAUGACUUACAUUACUGACUGUGAAAAAAUAUUCCCUUGACAUAUUUUCCGUCGAAGUUAGACCCAUGUAAACCGGAAGACCAACAUAAAAAAAUUCCUCAUUUUGACCUGCUUUUUACAAAUUUUACAGCAAUCCUCCUGUCAUAUUUCAGCUAUCACGCUUGCUUUUUAUUGCUACUAGUUAGUUUUUCGCAUUCCCCUCUGAUUAACGUCACUUCUGGAGUGUUGUUGUACAGCGUCAAAUCCUUGUUGUUUUGAUCUGGUAUGCAAAGGGACGUGCGGGAAUUUAGCCAAAAAUAGAUCGAUUGCUUGUUCUUUGGACGUGAUCUUGGAGUAGCUUAGUCCAGAUUUGUGCUGGAUUAUUGAAAAAAAAUCUCUCGUGUACCGCCGCUCGCGUGAUAAGUGUUUAUUUCUGAUUAUACUGCGGAAGCCGGCCAAAUUUGCUUUUAAGAGGGCGUGACCUGCUCUCCACGCUCUUGUUGAGAGUGUGCGGUAAGAAUGAGCAUUGUUUCAAGAGUCACUUCUCUAGGUUUCCUGUUUUGGUCAUACUAUAGUUUGUUCUGUGAUUCAGUUUAAAGUACUAAUAUCAACUUGGAGCGUAUCUUUGUCAUGCCGGCCUCAACUACUUGAACUUAUGAACUUAAUCGGUAUAUUUUUGUCAGUUGCGUCAGAGUUGCAGAGCUUUGCGUGAUGUUUUGGAUCGCUGUUUUAACGAGAUCUCUGAUAGAUAUUGUAAUGUACUCAUUGAAUUGGUUACAAUAAUACAAUAACAAUGUUACAAAAACACACAUCGCUGUGCAAUCUGAAACGUUUUGAGAUAAUUUCACGCGAUAGUCGUUUUGGAAUGUUGGUGGUGAUCAGUUGUUUUAGAUCAGCUUUCAAACCAGUUGUAUUUCCAUGUUCGUGUUUUAUAGCCGUCCUCGUGCUAUUACAUACGCUUAAGUCAACUCAGGCUAAAAGUUCGAGAUCCGUUCGGAUUUAAGCAAGUUUUUUUGUUGUUGUUGUUGUUUUUUUUUGCCGUGGUCGUCUGUGAUUUCUGAUCAUUCAAAAGAAGGUCGAAUUUUCGUGCUCUUUUUGUGACAGUUUUCAGUCAAGUACGAAGAAGGUUUAUCGCCUAUCUACUGCGCAAUAUCUUUCCUUACUAUUCGAACAGGAAAAAAUUGACAGCAGAGAUACGUCUCGUUCAUGAGCGAAAUUACAGAUAUGGGCAGUGUGAAAUUUUUAAGAGUGGAUUGUGAGCUAGGCAGGACACUUCAGUCUCAGAGUGCUUCUCUCGAAGAGUUUAGUGGGGUUAGGACCAGUUGUGAGGGCCAGCCAUCAAACCGGAUAGGCUGAGAGUGGCUUGCGGUGAGGUACGUCUCAUCCAUUGCAUGCGAGUAACAAUACUCGCAAGAAAUUCACGUUACUGAAGCUGCUUAACUUUAUCGUAUGUCGGUAACUGACGUGAAGAAUUUUUUCUUCAUAGGCUCAAGAAGAAGAGGAAAGGGAUAAGAUCGACUUGAUUCGCUUGGCUCUAGCUCGUAACUUGUCUAGAACUAUUUUGUGA